AUGGACGGGUCGGCCAAGUUCGGACAAGGUGAACUUUGUCGAUUUCGUACCUCCAGAACUCCCGCUUGUCUUCCUGAAUGGUAUGUAAACGUCGUCAACGCCGAAAUGAGAGUGCAUGCUACAAGCAAAAGGUCGUCUGGCAGACUGGCAUACGGAAGUAAGAGACAUUCAGCAGAAACACCUGUUUUCAAUGCACCAAUUCUUCAUUUAAAUGGAGCUGAAAGUCUCGUCGGAGACUAUUGCUCUUUUGAUGCCUGCCGAAGACUUCAAGAAGGAAAAAUCAUUGAGUAUUUCAUUAUUUGCCUUUUUUACUCCUAACCUCUCCGUAGACUUGACGGAAAACCCGCUCUUAGCGGACUUCCAAAUGCAUUUGUUGACUCGGAUGGCCGACCAUUUGGUUUUAUUGAUGAGCUCAAUAGUAUGGGUUGGCCAGUUUCACCAAACGCUGACGAACAAUUGCGUCUCGAGUGCCUUCUUCUGGCCUGUGCGCCAAGGGAAGGCGGUGAGGGAAGUUGGUUUUUUGCGCACCACUGUUGUGCCUCGUGGUCUGAUGGUGUAGUUAUGAACGAACAGGUUCGUUAUUCGCUUUCUGCUAGAAAACACCUUAAAUCCUCUAUAGAAAUUAUUUGAAGGUGUUGAGGAGGCUGCACAUCGUGCGAUGAACACCCUAUGUGCUCUAUGCAUGCGCCUUGGAGCCAGUCUCACUUGCCGCGCUGAUGGUUGCUCUCGCAGUUUCCACUUUCCUUGUGCGGCCGGCGCUGGUUGCUAUCAGGAAGUUCGGUCUUUGGAAAUUUUCUGUCCUUCGCAUCUUGACCACUCAAUGAUUUUCGGUAUGUCUGACCGUUCUUCCGCAUUCCUUCGUGCCUUUUUUCUCUGCAUUGCUUUUUACUGCUCUGCCUUAGCGAAUUGUGGACUGUUUUCACGUGACCUUAUGAAAUUCAACCGGAUUUGUUUUUAAUCCUCAUCGGCUUCUUUUGAACAGUUCUGUUAAUUCAAUCACUGUCUUGUCGUUCAUGCGAUAAAACAUCAUUCAUUAUAGUCACAGAAUUACACUUUUGCAGAAAUUGACUCCGCCAGCAAUAUCUCGCAUAUAUUUAUACCUCCAACGCUAUCGUCCGCACAGUCGGUCGGGACACAAUGCGAGGAAGGUCGUUUUUAGUGCGUUUUUUUUACCAUCGGACGACUACUAAGUGCCCAGGAUUACUUCAUGCCCAAAAGUGCCUUUCUACCGUUGUGCUGUUCAUCGUGUUCCAUUGUUCUAGUGCUUUGACCACUUGGUCAGCUGAAAGUCGGAAUUACUGUUGGAGGAUUCAUCUCUGCUGCUCACGCACCCUUUGUCAUGCUUUGUGUUAGCUAACGCCUUUCUAACCCACGAUAACUUGGUCUUGGCGUUCGCCAUUCCACUAGCUGUUAACAUGAAUCUUUCUGCCCUAUUAUUAAACUGCAAUUCGCGCUCAACCUCUCUGCGUUUAAGUCGGACCUAUGAAGGCACUACCAUAAUGUAUCACUGGAGCUACGCGUAAAAGGGCUACUGCCACUACUAGGACUUCAUUGUGUCCUGUGUUCUGACUUGCUUCGACUUUUGACUUAAAGGCAUGAAACUCACGAGACUGCCAGCUGAUCAAGGGACUCAUGCGUAUCCUUGUAGAUUUGUUCGUUUUCAGUGGAACUACUUAUAGAGUGUUGAGUUGCUAUCAAUGUCGUAAGAGCGAAUCAACUUUGGAGGGCUUAAUGAAAGUGGAGUUUAGUUCGCUCUUAGGUUGUGUAAACUUCCUACAUUUAGAUCAACUUUCGAAUUUAGUUACACAGUAAUCGAUAAAAGUAUGCAACUUGAAAGGAUAAUGUUGCCGUUGCAUGCAUUAGCGAAGUUAACCACAGGUAGCCUAUGAUGAAAUCGCUGAUUUAGAAAAGGACUACAAAAUGAAAUUUAUUUUACAGCUCCCUUGAUCUCAGUCCAUUGUCUACUAUAAUGCCACCAACCACUUUUACUGCUUUUAUAGCCAGACUGUCAACCCGGUCUCUUAAAUGAGUGCUGAGGGAAUCCCUUAUUAUUGCCUGCUGGUCUAAAUGCUUAUUUGGUUAUGCAGCACAAUUUAGAUCUUCUGUUUCGCCUUUCCGUCCGGCUAGGUGACAACAUAACUCCCUGCUUGAUCUGUGAACAAACGAACGAUGUUUCGGACAUGAUAUUUUGCACCAGUUGUGGGAAUCACUUCCACAAUUCCUGCCUCGAACCUCCACUUGUUCUUAGCGUGACGGUUCGUGUGGGUUGGCAAUGCCCGGAAUGCAAAACAUGUCUUUCCUGCAGGUACUCCUUUCUUGCCUUUUCGCACCGUUUAGAUCUUAUGUCGCCAUUUAUAAGUUGUAUAUUUUUCCGCCUCUCUUUUCGCUUGUCGAAUCUUUUUCUAGAAGCGGAACUGCAUUUAUGAUCCCUCCCUACGUGCAUUUGGCCUACAAGCCUAUUUACGAAUUUCAUGUUCAGCUGGUGUAUUUGUAGUAGCUUGCGAGUCCGUCCACUCUGUCUGUAUGCCGCCGUCCGACUAGUUGGAAUAGGUUCUCGAUUUGGUGGGGAAAUCAGCAUCUUGAAGUAACGACGUGUUGUGCUUUUGACUACCCCAAAAUGUCAUUAGCUGAUCGUCUUCCCCGUGUUUUUAGCCUAGCCCCUCAAAAAUUAUUUUGUCUGCCUUUUUGCAGUAUGCUUUAGCUACUUUAGCUUCUAUGGUAUGUUUAGCUGGUCAUGCAGUGUGUAUCUGACGCCGGCGAGACAUUUGGGAACUCACAUUGUAAUCUUCAUUCUUGGCAGUGAUCUGUUGUUAUAGCGUGUCUUGGUCAUAGUAAAUACCAGGGUCCGAACCCUUGGGAUCCUCACAUCACUGCCAAAAGUGAAUUUUUGGUCCUUACUAAUUACCUAUCUCGUGUCCUUUGAUCAUUAAUUUCCCAAAUUGUAUGCAUUUCCAUGCACUUUUGCAGCGGGUGAGGAUCUGUUCACCGUAAGUCAGGGAGGGCCCGUCUGUGAACAAAAUAUUCUAAAUCCUGAGGAUUUGCGUUUCCUUCCGUCGCUUAACGGGAAAGUCUGUCAUCGGUGUGGGGAAAGAUGCUACCGACCUCUCUCUGGUACAAUGAAUUCUGUUUUAGAACCUUACGAGACUACACGUGAUCCCGAUUUUCUGGCGAAUAGUGAGAAAACAGGUCGACUUAUGCUUAUCCAUCUGAAUACUUUUUUCCUUCUGUAAGGGAAUUAUGGCAUAGCUAACAGUAUGCGCGUCCUUGUAUCAGCUCAUGAGAAGUCUUGAUUUGAUCUUGAGCUUUCCUGCUGUCUUGAUUUUCCCGUCUAUUCACAAUAUUCCUCUGUCUCCUUCAGUGAGAGCAAGGACGAAACGAAAAUGCUUGUAUGUGAUGUUUGCGAUAAGGGCUUUCACACGUACUGCCUUAAGCCUCCGGUAACAAAUAUACCCAAAAACGGCUUCAAAUGCGACCGGUGCAGGGUUUGUACAGACUGUGGUCUUCGCCGUUUCUCCUCCAAGAGUGUCGGAAACUCUGCCGGCGAGGCCUCGGAUCUUCCAAAUCAGGUUAGUCACUAGCCCGUCUUUUUAGAUGACCUUUUUAUUCUCUGCCCAUAGUGGCUACUCAGGACGACAAUUUACAUGAUUAUCGGAUUCUUUGGAGAGGAAACUGGCCACAUUGACCUUCGGCGCGACAUCGUUGGGCCUAUUAUCACUUAUGCUCCAGUAUACCACUUCGGUUUCUCAAAAUAUUUUACUCCAAAACCUCGCUUAAGUGGGAAGUACACGUAUCAAGCGUUUUCUUCCCAGCCUUGAUGGUUUCGUCAUUUGUCGGCUGUUCACUUAUGCACACUUAAUUCUUUGGGUGAAACUCGAUUUAUUCGCUCGAGCCGCCGCCUUAUUUUACUGUUUUCUUUUUCUGUGCUAACUUUGCGCCUAACCAUACUUUCUCAUCGUUUUCAGCCUCCAAUUCGAUGGCAUUCGAACUAUACCCUGUGUGAGCGCUGUUUCCAAGGCCGAAAACGUCAGAACGCCUGUUGUGCGGUUUGCGAAAGGGCUUGGCGUUGUUCCCUCGGUGUAAGUUGAGGCGCUCAUAUUCCUGCGUUUUUGUCUUUUUUGCUGUGUGAAACUCUUCUGUUGAUUACUUUCAUAUUUCUGCAUCCGUGUGAAUUCUGACCUUUCUUUCAACGAAAAAGGCGUGAGCAAAUUAAUGCACAAUGUAAUUGUACUGCAAGUCUCAUUGGUUCAUGUCGGAUCUCACUAAGACUAAAGCCUGUUAGUAAGAUUUAUUUCAGUGUCCAGCGAAUAUCUUUUUUGUUGAGUCAUAAAGUGUCGAGUUGUUUUGAAACUUGUUGUUUGCCGCCUGGUUAUUGAUCUCCAUUAUGCGUCUAAGCCGCUUCAGGUCUACUAUCCGUGACAUUUACCAAAACAACGGGCUGUGAAACUGAACGCGGUUUUCUUGGCACAAACACGACGCCAACAAAGUCGUAUAUAACAGUUCGUAACCGAUGAUGUCCACCGUGUGUCCCACAGCAAGGUGGACGCAGGGGUGUAACUUGCGCGCGGAUUAGUUUAUAGCGAUAGUAGGCUCGCUCUGCAUCUCCUUAACCCGCCCAACCCAUCUAGAUACAGUGUCAAGCCAGGGUCAAGAAGACAGGAGGCGGGAGAGAGAGAGCAGGUGGCUGGCGUGUCAUGAGCAUGCGCCUAGGCGUUCAACUAUACCCCCAGUGUAUGACAAAUGUUAUGGCUACGCAGCCCAAUAACGCGUGCCAUAUCCUCAUGUAGCCUCUGUGUUGGUCCUGCGCGACCUGUUGUAGGGGGACAAUUUAGUCCUGGUGCCUGUCAUUGCGGAGUGUUAUUGUGGAGACCCGGACUUUGGAUCACUGUCAUACACAUCAAGGAUUGGAGGCAAAGUCAGGGAACAAAGACCAUAAGACGUCGUGUUGGUCGUUUACCAUGGUAAAGAAUAUGAAGAGUAAGAAUGACGUUAGGAAACUAGCUCGAAUAUCUACAGUUAGAAUGUGGAUUCGCCGGUGACUUUAAGGUGCAGAGAAUGUAACACGUUUGCGGCGAGCCAACUGUCUGCCAUAUUGACGAAGUAGGCUUCAUACGUACGUUGGCCGCGGUCCUUACCAAGUUUGAGUAAAAUACCAUUGCAUUUGGCGUCAUCUCAAUGAUAUCUGCUGUUUACGUUUCCUUUCCCAGCACCACUUCAGUCGCCCGAAUUUUUACACGUCCUCUUCGUGACAAAGCGUAUGCCAGUCUAAAAGUCUAUAAUUCAUUCGUAGCUGCGCAUUGUACAUCGAUAACCGUGUUUGAUUUUUCGUAUUUAGUCUGACAAUGGUCUGUGUCUCCGCCUUUUUUUCCUGAUGGGGGAUUUUUCAUUUUUUUUAAAAUUUCUGUAGUCCUCAGGAGCUGGAGUGGCGGUCACUAUGAGUUGGCCUGGCCGAAAGUGUUCCCAGUGCCAAAAAAUGGUUCAUUUUGACUGCGACCCGGUUAUGCAGUCCAGCAUCUCCCCUCGCUCUUCGCCCUCCUUCGGCAGUGACGACGCUACGCUCUCUCAGACAAAUGGCUAUCUUUGCCCUCCUUGCCGAAACCGCGGCUCGAACUCACCAAGCGAGGUAAUACGUGGUGGGCGUUAGGGCGCCUCUAACUCAAGUUAUUGUGGUCACGUCAAUUCCUUUAUUAUUGAUCAUCUGUGCUGCUGCUCAUCACAGGGCUGUUGUUUUGCUGGCUUCGGUAAAAAAGUGCAGACACUGAGAAUGAUCAGACGCUCAAACAGGCCACCUUGCUGGUCAAUUGCUAAGCCAACAUAUGUCCGAGUCUAUUAGAGGACUUUCAAGGUACCAUUGGUUUUCAGUGGUUCUCUUUUUUGCACACCAAGGACAGUCUUGAUUACCUGAAUGAUGAAUACAUCCUUGGAAUAGCAUAAUGUGACGGCAACACAGUUCGUCGUUAUCACGAUUGAAAGGCUAAAUGUCCCUCUAUACAUAAAUACCAGUUAGAAUUUGAAACGGGACUAUCCAGAAGCAGUAGACGCGUUCGCUGGAACAAGGGUUUUAUUGACCUGUCAUUUCGUGUUCAUACUCGAGUCAUCAGGAUCCGAGGGUGGAUCCGAAACGUUAGGCAUAUAAGACUCUUGUUCCAGUGAUCGCGUCCACUUCUUAUUGACUACUUCCUGAGGCUCGCCUCUUCGCCUCUAUCAACAAUACUAUCUGUCCGAAGUAGUCAUUCACACCCUGGAAACGACGUGCAACCUUGGCCGGAAAAUAAUGCGCAUCUUUAGCGGUUACCCGUUUAAGAAAGGUCUUGCGUUGCCCAAGGUGAGGCAGGCGGAUGGCGUAUGCAUUAGUGUACAUAUCACUCUGGCCGUUGUGUGCGAAAUUCCAUUAGGCGUAUAAACAGUUAAUCACAAUCGUAAUACCGGGUUUGAAAUACGGGUAUUGGCGCAAUCAUUCACCAAUGACGGUAGUUUUUAUUUGGUUCUGUAAAAAGUUACUUGCGUUUGUCCACCACCCCAAAUAACUUAUGUGCAUGUGUAACAGAACCGAUGUAGUGUGCAUUCUAAGCUGAUGUAAUGGAAAAGGAGAAGGCCUUUUGUAAAAAUCGGAUCGUACCGAUCGUCUCACAUCACGUUUCAUUUCGUUUGACAACGGUUUACCGUCAGUCAGAGACUUCGCAAGUGUUGCUCGAUGUUUCUGAAGGACAUCAUCCUGCUCUCUUUAUAUCAGCGCACUUUCGAUGACUUUAGAUACAGUUCCCACGUAACGGGUAUCUAACCAUGUGGAGGGUGGCCAUUGAUAGCAAUCGAUAGGACAACGAGCUCGUGACUCAAUGACUAGAGCAUUGGAUUGAUAACCGAAACAGUCCAGGUUCGAGCCCCGAGUACCCCGAAAUCUGGGAUUGGACAAGUCUGGCUGACAACGGUUAACAAGGCAGAGAUAGCCAUCCCAGUUUCCUUUGUGUUUGUCGAUAAUCUCCCUCUGCAUAAUUUACCAGUCGUUGUGCGCUGUCUAUGGGACUCUAGAUCCAUCCCCAAAACAACGGGGCAAGUAUGCCUCGCAGCGCGAUCGGUGAGCGCCCUCUUACUACGUAUAUUUAUAUAUAGCCAACAGUUAUCCGGUGUCCUUCACGCACAAGUGUCACAGGAAGUCCCACCCUGGGCGGUCGUGCGGGGAGAAGACAAAGUCCUGGUACUAGAUCCCCGUUGUAAAGGGUCUCUCAGGGGCGAUGUCAAGAAUCGUGAAACCUUUCGGGACUGGCGCGGCUCAUAAACCGGCGUCAAUCAGACAGCAAAUCACAAAGCCCAGAGGACCGCUGCCAGUGACGGAACAGUCAGCAAUGGUCUGCAACAUACCUUGCGAAGAUUGUGAUGCAAGGUAUGUUGGUGAAGCGGGCAAACGCCUCGCCACGGAUUACAAGAACACCAGCUUGCAAUCAACGACAGGGGUAACAUAUCACUGGUAUAUGGCCACAUUCAGUAGCAGGACCACAGUUUCACCUUGACGAAAGCGGGGGUGAUCGGCGGAGCUGAUGAUAAAAUGACCGGGCUGAUGCUGCAAAGUUAGUCCUCGACCGACACACUCAAACCAGCCAUAAAUCUACAUCCUCCCUAUCAGGCGUUCUGCACAAGGCUUGAGUCAGUUCAGACGGCCAGUAGGACGGGGAAAAAAGUCACACGGGGCCGCAGCCGAUGCCCUCCGAGAAAAAAGGGAGACCCCGACCGGAAGUCAAGUGACCUGUGUGGCACACCGUCUGGACGCGUCCGCGGGGCCAAAAGAACCAUGCAUGAGCAGCUACGAUUGACUAGUCUGUCGUCUGACGAGUGAGAAGCCGAUAAGCACGCUGACUUAGCGGCCAGCACAACAGCCGUGAAGUCGAUACAAGUCCGGUAAUGGUGGAGUGCGAGAGGUCACAACCAGCCUACAGUCAACAGUUCAACCAAAGUACGUGCGCCGAGCACGGUUAUAAUACGAAGCAAGCGGCAGGGCUAAGUAACGCAAAGCCAUGGAGGAAAACCAGCGCGUCACUCUAAUGAUGGAAACGAGAGCUUCCGAAAAGUCGGCAUGAAUACAACUUGGUCCAUGAAGUCGCCUUUUCUCCGUCUUCUUCGGGGGAUGACAAACACCAUAAUAUAUAUAUAUAUAUAUAUUUUCGGUUCUGACCCUAAAAAGUCAUGUCCCGGAGAUUUAACUCCAAGUUCUGCACUGAUUAAUAUAUAUAUAUAUAUAUAUAUAUAUAUAUAUAUAUUUAUGAUAGUGGGCGCUCACCGAUCAGGUUACGGAACAUGCUCGUUCCGUUGUGCCUUGGGGCUCAUACUUAAACCCUCGCAGGCAGUCGCACAGCGACUAGUGAUAUAUGUUGGAAAGGUAAUACCGACAAAGACAAGGGAGACUGGAAUGGCCAUUUCUGGCUUAUUAGCCGUCAUCAGCCAGUCAUACCCAACCCCAAGUGUGGAUCACUUGGGAUUCGAACCCGGGAUCUUUGGUCAUGGAGUUGAACGCUCUACCAUUGAGCCACGGGCCCGUUGUCCUGUCGGAGGCAUCCCAAGAAAUUUAAAUUGAAAUCAAAAACGUUCUUUGGGAAAGGGAGAAAACUUUAUUGACACAUACGACGGCAGCUUACUAGCUGAGGCACCAAAUGAGUAUUGAUUUUGUAGCACGUUUGAAAUUUUAAUUGUUUUCAGCACAUUUACUCUAGUCUGACGACGACACAGGGAACCGACGUCGAAAAUUUACUCAAUAAAGUUUUCUCCCUUUCCCAAAGAACGUUUUUGAUUUCAAUAUAUAUAUAUAUAUAUAUAUAUAUAUAUAUAUUUCGAAAGAAAACAGCUCUUUGGGACAUAUUAAACAAGUUUUAUUGUAAAUUUUCGAACUUGGUUCCCCAAGUCGUCUUCAGACGUGAAGUAAGUGUGCAACACAGUUAACAUUUAAACAUGCCGAAAAAUCGAUUUUGCCUUGUUACUCCUGCUGGUGUGAUGUUCUGAUUGGCUAACGCCUUUUCCACUUUUCUUUGAGGCUGUUGUACACCGUAUCUAAUUCUACGUGUCGAUUGAUGCACGCGCUGUCAGAAUGGAUGGCCUCUAAGAAUUCACGGCCCUUUUUUGAUGAGCAAACACCAACAAUGCGAGUCCUGUCCCAUGCGAAUUUGUGGCCCGUUUCCAACGUAUGCAUGGCAACUUGGGACAAGUAGUCGCGCCUUCUUACGGCCAACUGGUGUUCGUGUAUUCGCGUAGAGGCCGAUUUCCCAGUUUGACCACAGUAAACUGCAUUGCAGGUGUUGCAUGGUAUCUUAUAGACGACUUCCUUCUUAUCUAAAUAGCCAACCCUAUCCUUAGGGUGUACAAGCUGGUUACGAAGUGUAGUCGUCGGUUUGUGCGCCACAUGAAUUUGGUGCUUCUUCAGGUGUCUUUCAACUAGUUCGGACACAUUCUUAAUGUAUGGAAGUGUUCGCCAGUUUUUUGGCUUGGGCGCCUGAUCGGAACAAUCUAGUUCCUUCUCUUUUUCUUUUAACUCCUGUCGUCGCAUGCAUCGGUGUACAAAAUAUCUAGGAUACCCAUUCUGGGAAAACAGUUUGAACAGAUACUUCAGUUCUGUUUGAUAUGUUUCGUUGUCAGAGCAGUGAGUUCUUGCUCGGUUAAGGAGGCUGUUCACGGCACUCCUUUUGUGAGAGAUCGGGUGAUUGCUCUCGUAAUGCAAAAGAACUUCCGCGUAGGUUUCUUUGCGGUAAACCGAAGUAUGAAAUGUCCCGUCAGGUUUUCUCUGUACGAGGACAUCAAGAAAUGGGAGUCUGUUGUCAGCCUCCUUCUCGAGUGUGAAUGUGAUUCCUGGAAGUGUUGAGUUUAUGAUAUUGUGGACUAUGUCCAGUUGAUCACUUUUCACAAUGACAAACGUGUCAUCAACAUAUCGUACCCAUGCGCAUGCGCAUUUCUGCCGAGAUAAUCUAUUUCGGAAGUAGUCGAAUCUCUAAAUGAAACGAUAACCUGUGUUUCCAACAUCGAAAGACAGAAAAAGAGGAGUGUCUUAGACAAAAAAUGGAUAGCCAUAUCUCAACGAAUUUCUACAGACCAAACUUGCUCGACAAAGGUAGUGAACCUGUCAGCAAGAAGACUUUCAACGACCGAAGAAAGUGUACUUUCUAAGGGAAUGAAAUAUAAUCUAUCCGAUGCGAAAUACCUAGACUUCCUUGCAAAUUUGGAGUCUAUAAUAUCAGUAGAAAAUAUUGCGGACGAUGAACGUUUCACAAUCCGGAAUAGCACUGUACAAGCCUUGAAGAAUCGAAACCCCUUUUCAGUACUAUCGCACGAAGAAAUGAAGGCACUUAAAACAUUAAAAAGUGACAAAAGCAUUAUCAUACUUCCUGCGGACAAAGGAGGAUCAACUGUAAUUUUAAACAAAGCAGACUACAACGAAAAGAUGUUGUCAUUAUUGAGGGAUAGAUCAACCUACAAACCUCUUGCCACGGACCCUACUAAAAAGCAGAGUACGGCCAUUGAAAAAGUUCUAAAACGUCUCACAGGAAAGAAGCAAAUAUCAGGAGAUAUUGCCAAAUCCUUACGACAAACUGAGCCAGUCAUUGCUAAAAUCUAUGGACUGCCUAAGGUUCACAAACCUGAAAUACCACUGCGACCGAUAGUAUCGUUAAUCGGUGCACCUAAUUACAAGAUUUCUAAAUGGCUAUUUCACAAACUCUAUCCGUUGACAAAGGAUUGUGAAACAUCAAUCAAUAAUUCGGCAGAGUUUCUGGACAAAUUACAAGGACUCAGAAUCUCAGCAGAUGAAAUAAUGGUAUCCUUCGAUGUCGUUUCUCUGUUCACCUCCAUACCAUUGGAUUUAGCCAGACAAUGUACAGAGGAACGUCUCCAGUACCACGACAUGGAUAUCCCUGCAUCUGCUUUGUUAGAACUCUUAGAUCUUUGUCUAGAAACGAACUUUUCAUUUGCACAGGAAUACUACCAGCAGCUGAAGGGAGCCCCUAUGGGAUCACCCAUCUCUGGUUUUCUCGCAGAAAUCACGAUGCAGAAGCUAGAGGCUAUCGCCUUACUACUAGUUAACCCCAAAUUAUGGGUACGAUAUGUUGAUGACACGUUUGUCAUUGUGAAAAGUGAUCAACUGGAAAUAGUCCACAAUAUCAUAAACUCAACACUUCCAGGAAUCACAUUCACACUCGAGAAGGAGGCUGACAACAGACUCCCAUUUCUUGAUGUCCUCGUACAGAGAAAACCUGACGGGACAUUUCAUACUUCGGUUUACCGCAAAGAAACCUACGCGGAAGUUCUUUUGCAUUACGAGAGCAAUCACCCGAUCUCUCACAAAAGGAGUGCCGUGAACAGCCUCCUUAACCGAGCAAGAACUCACUGCUCUGACAACGAAACAUAUCAAACAGAACUGAAGUAUCUGUUCAAACUGUUUUCCCAGAAUGGGUAUCCUAGAUAUUUUGUACACCGAUGCAUGCGACGACAGGAGUUAAAAGAAAAAGAGAAGGAACUAGAUUGUUCCGAUCAGGCGCCCAAGCCAAAAAACUGGCGAACACUUCCAUACAUUAAGAAUGUGUCCGAACUAGUUGAAAGACACCUGAAGAAGCACCAAAUUCAUGUGGCGCACAAACCGACGACUACACUUCGUAACCAGCUUGUACACCCUAAGUCGUCUAUAAGAUACCAUGCAACACCUGCAAUGCAGUUUACUGUGGUCAAACUGGGAAAUCGGCCUCUACGCGAAUACACGAACACCAGUUGGCCGUAAGAAGGCGCGACUACUUGUCCCAAGUUGCCAUGCAUACGUUGGAAACGGGCCACAAAUUCGCAUGGGACAGGACUCGCAUUGUUGGUGUUUGCUCAUCAAAAAAGGGCCGUGAAUUUUUAGANGCCCGGUGAGUAGAGGCGUUGACUUCUAAACCAACAGGUCGCGAGUUCGAGGCUCGGGUGUUCCACACUUCGGGCUUGGGUAUGGCUGGCUGACGACGGCUAAUAAGCCAGAAAUGGCCAUUCCAGUCUCCCUUGUCUUUGUCGGUAAUACUAUUCUGCCUAUAUAUCAUGCGCCGCUGUGCGGCUGCUGGUUGGGCUCGAGAGAGAGUCCAUAAGGCACAACGGAACGAGUGAGUUCCGUAUGAACGAUCGGUGAGCGCCCCCUAACAUUGUAUAUUCCCGAUCGAAAACCGACAAGGCAACGGGCUCGUGGCCCGGUGAGUAGAGGCGUUGACUUCUAAACCAACAGGUCGCGAGUUCGAGGCUCGGGUGUUCCACACUUCGGGCUUGGGUAUGGCUGGCUGACGACGGCUAAUAAGCCAGAAAUGGCCAUUCCAGUCUCCCUUGUCUUUGUCGGUAAUACUAUUCUGCCUAUAUAUCAUGCGCCGCUGUGCGGCUGCUGGUUGGGCUCGAGAGAGAGUCCAUAAGGCACAACGGAACGAGUGAGUUCCGUAUGAACGAUCGGUGAGCGCCCCCUAACAUUGUAUAUUCCCGAUCGAAAACCGACAAGGCAACGGGCUCGUGGCCCGGUGAGUAGAGGCGUUGACUUCUAAACCAACAGGUCGCGAGUUCGAGGCUCGGGUGUUCCACACUUCGGGCUUGGGUAUGGCUGGCUGACGACGGCUAAUAAGCCAGAAAUGGCCAUUCCAGUCUCCCUUGUCUUUGUCGGUAAUACUAUUCUGCCUAUAUAUCAUGCGCCGCUGUGCGGCUGCUGGUUGGGCUCGAGAGAGAGUCCAUAAGGCACAACGGAACGAGUGAGUUCCGUAUGAACGAUCGGUGAGCGCCCCCUAACAUUGUAUAUUCCCGAUCGAAAACCGACAAGGCAACGGGCUCGUGGCCCGGUGAGUAGAGGCGUUGACUUCUAAACCAACAGGUCGCGAGUUCGAGGCUCGGGUGUUCCACACUUCGGGCUUGGGUAUGGCUGGCUGACGACGGCUAAUAAGCCAGAAAUGGCCAUUCCAGUCUCCCUUGUCUUUGUCGGUAAUACUAUUCUGCCUAUAUAUCAUGCGCCGCUGUGCGGCUGCUGGUUGGGCUCGAGAGAGAGUCCAUAAGGCACAACGGAACGAGUGAGUUCCGUAUGAACGAUCGGUGAGCGCCCCCUAACAUUGUAUAUUCCCGAUCGAAAACCGACAAGGCAACGGGCUCGUGGCCCGGUGAGUAGAGGCGUUGACUUCUAAACCAACAGGUCGCGAGUUCGAGGCUCGGGUGUUCCACACUUCGGGCUUGGGUAUGGCUGGCUGACGACGGCUAAUAAGCCAGAAAUGGCCAUUCCAGUCUCCCUUGUCUUUGUCGGUAAUACUAUUCUGCCUAUAUAUAUAUAUAUAAUGGUGGAGGGGCGUUUUCUGAUCGUUCUUAUGGGACCCACUCGUUCCGCUGUGCCUUACGGGCUCUCUCUCGAGCCCAGCCAGCAGCCGCACAGCGGCGCAUGAUGUAGGCAGAACGUUAUUACCGACAAAUACAAGGGAGACUGGAAUGGCCAUUUCUGGCUUAUUAGACGUCAUCAUCCAGUCAUACCCAACCCCUAAGUGUGGAACAUCUAGGGCUCGAAAUCACUACCAGUUAGUUAGAAUUCCAACGUCUCUAACCACUGAGCGUCGGACUCGUUGCCCGGUCGGUUUAGAUCGGGAUUAUACGAUGGCAAUAACGGUAAAAACAUUCUGCCUAUAUCAUGCGUCGCUGUGGCGGUUGCUAGUUGGACUCGAGAGACAGAGAGAGAGAGCCAGAAAGACACAUCGGAACAAGUGAGUUCCGUAAGAACGAUCAGUGAGCGCCCCCCCUCACCACAUAUAUAUAUAUGUUGACUUCCUGCCUGCAUAACUCCACACACGCCAAUGGUCCGCCCGUAAUGCUUGUCCUUCUCUCUUUUAUCUUCAUUUCGUCUGACGACGGAUUGGGAAGUUAUGCAAACUCCAGGUGCUGAGAUAGGGAGAGAAGGGAACGCCGCCUCUGAGGCGCGUAGUUUGAUCACCCGACGUAUUGCUUUCAUGCUUGAGUGCGCCGACAGUAUCAAAGAUGGAAAUGCAGUAUUUAGACAUCUUUCGUGGUCACUCGUGAUAGAUUCGUCUGUCUUUUCACUGGUCCAUUUCUCGCUCAGUUAGUGUCUGACGACCUAGCAUGACCUUGAUAGGUCAAUCCUGGGGUUAGAAGAGUUAGACUGAUACCGGUUUGGUGCACACUGAAGCAGGCAGCGGGAAGUUGCAAAAGCUCAAAUCUCAAAUGUUUUUGCAAAAAUACACGAAGGCUGUCGGACAGAGAAAACAACACAAGAUAUUCCGAAGUCACAAGAUGCAUGAUAAUAUCACUCAACGUAGGCUAUAUGAUACCGGCCUGAGACCUCUUAUCGGUCGUUUGCUCAUGCAGCCUGAGGGUCGAUUGCCGCCUGAGGACUCGCCAGGAGUCACCUACCACGUCAACUGUCUAGACUGUCUGGCCAACUACAGUGACAUGACCGGCGAAUGGCUAAGGACACGUCUGGUUUAGGAUGCUUUGACUGUGAUGUGCAGUCGCACCCGUCCUCUAGUACACGUUAGUCAUAAUCGAUUCGCCAUCGACGGGGCGCAAAUGCCCGCCCAAGCCGAAAAUAUACGGCGGAUGCUAUCGAAACUUGGCGGUCUGACGCCAAUUUCGUCUACCACAGGAUCAACCCACCAUCACCAUACAAAGUCACAAAACACCACUUGGACACGAAUGGAUGACCAAUAAUUAGACCGACGGAUGAUCUUGUAAUUGGUGUAAACUCCGGCACUUGUGGAAGGGAUAUUUUUCCCGACUUCGGAACCUAAAAGAUUCAACCCUCUCGGAGGCUGUCAAAAUUGAAGAUCCGACGCCGAACUUUGCUCCCUUUGACCGCCACUUUGGGGAUAUCUUUGAAGCGGUAGUGAAACUGUAGUAUAGCGAGGCGUCUGGUGAUAUCUGCUUUCCAGCAAAAUAUCCAAUUGCCGCUCAGUAGUGUUGGCUCCUCAGUUACAUGGCCUCCUGGCCCCGAUUUAGGAAGCAGACCGUUGAGGCAAGAUGAGCUGAUACUAUUACCACUACGAAUUUACUACAAGAUGAGAGAUCACUACGUAAGGACUAGCAUGACGUGAUUCUUCUUGGAAUUAUAUGAAAGCCCUCACUUUUGUCCGUCUCGACCGCGUCUGCCGGUACUGCGCUGUGCGCACUGCAUGGAAGUAGUGUGGUAUUCAGCCUGAUUCGGAUGUGUUGUUUGGCGUCUGUCGUCGGUUUCACGGUUUUCGCAUCUAUUGAUAUCCUUUGUAGUCGAUCUUGUCUCAUGGUAGUAUGCCAUCGGAAAUUACUUUGCUGGAUUUAAGCCUACUAGCACAAGAAGAUAACCAUAGUCCGAGUGGAUGACAAGCAAGAUGAGCACGCUAGUGUUACCUGUGACAUCUGUUGGGGUUACAUUAAAUUUCUCAAUAGACUGAGGUUUUUGGCACUCGCGAUACACUAACUCGCUAUUGCAGCUAAUCAAAGUCCCUGAAUUACGAACCUUGACCACACUGACGGUGUGGUGUUGACGAGAUCCCUUGCAGAAGUGCCAUGUACAGUGUCGCAGGUCAGCACUGAGAUAUCGGGAACGGACCCGAAGACUUUUUUUUAUAAAAGGAGUGGUCGUCUCACUUGUUUCUGCCCAAACUAUCUGCCUACUUUCAGUUGACGAUGGAGCUCUUAGACUAGCAAACAGCUUCUACGUCCGUGGGUCUAAUUUUCCACCUAUUGGACAACGUAAGGGUGAAAGCGACCAUCGUUCCGAUCGGUUGCGCUCGACCUUCGUCUGGUUUUGUUUCAGCCUCUUCAACCGACUUGAUAUCAUAAGGCUAAGUUACGAGUACACGAUGCCCUCAAGACGGUCCAACUGUAGGGACUUGCGACACGACCCUCGCACCCAGAAAGCAUCGUUUGCCUGAGUGCAUUCGAUUGAUGCGGCUUUUGUUCUCCUGUCCUAGCUCGGUCCCCUAAUCGCUUCUCCAACGGAUGGUUGUUCAUUGGUCAUCUGCGCAAUCCCCACUCGCCGACUUGAAUAGUUUGACACUGUGUUCCCUAACUGUCGAUUGCGUCGGGACGAUAAACUGGAGAUAUUGAUGAAUGUGGUGAGACCGAACCACGACUUCAUCUCUGGCUCUGAGAGAAUGGCAUGCCAGCUGGCUGCACUUCACUUGGGAGGCUGCUGCUGACCUGCCGAAAUGAAGGGCAAUCAUUCAUAAUGCAGUGAAUUUGUAACAUUAAGCCGUGGUUGCUCACUGGGUUUCCAACCUUGUAGUCUGUCAUUUUUUUAUUUUAAGCAUGCUUGGUUUGACAGACAUAGAAACCAGCGUAAGGUAGAAUCCUGUUUGUACGCUUUUAUAUCUAUUCAUGCAAACGUUCAAACACACUGUCAAGUUAGACUUUCUCUAAACGAAACCGGAUUGACAUGUUUUUAUGCUAAAAUCCGCGUAAACUAUUUCUAGGGUGCAUCCGCCACAGCCUCCCUGCGGACCAGCCCGAACAUGGGUGGAAGUAGCAGUUGUUGCGGCGAUGUCGGUGACGACGGUAGUGUUAGUCUUGGAGGAGUGCCACACUCCGUCGGUGUCUCCUUCGGUCAGAGCGAAGGUAGUCCCUGGGGACACACCAGUUCCAGUAUUCAAGAGGUUUCCGACACACUCAAUACUGCAAACACUAUCUUUGAUGACAAUGUCACCAUAGCAAACUCAGUCAACGACUCCACCUCAACUACCCCGACCACGGAGCCUGGUAAGCAGUCCCUCUCGGUGACUGCGGCAGGGGUGUCGUCAUUUGAACCCCUUUCAGGACCGGCGUCUUCGAAGGCUACAGCUUUAUCACCUCGUCCGAAUUCCAAAGAGACCACUCGUUCGCACAAGUCAUUGCCGGCGUCGAGGUCGCAUUUGCACAAGUCAAAGUCUGUCAGUAGUGUCGGCGAUUCACAGUUGUGGCAGAACCGCAAACGCAACCACGUGGAAAGCAAUCAGGGAUCUAAGUCUCUUUCAAAGGUCUGUCCUCCAUCCCGUUGAUAGGCAUACUGCCCCUUAUUCUAUAAAUUAGCCUUAGGAAGAGCCGACCUGUUCUUCUUCUCUCUCCUUCUUCCCAGGUGUCCAGCACUUUGUCCUUCUCGUCAGGCCUCUCACUACCAACCGCCACGAAGACCCUAAGUGCAAAGCGCAACAUCAACUCAACUGCGACCUCGGGAGGAACGCGUGCCAGGAGAAACAAAAAUCGAAAGGCCGGGGCGGUAAGUUUCUCCCUAAAACAUGACUCUUGCUUAGCUCUGGGUGUUAUGCGGCGAAUACUUGAGCUUUCACUUCACCAUUUCCCAAUUUCAGCUGAUCAGCACUAUGUCAACACCCCGAGAGAAACCUGGCACACCCAGGUUGCGCCUCCACUCACCCAUCCAAACCGCACCCCGAGUGCCCUCAAUAACGCUCCACAAACUAGUUCUUCCAAAUAACUCCAUGCUCUGUGUGCCUCUGAGAGAGUCGAAUAGGUCUGGCCCACAGCAGUCAAGGGGGCUGGCAACUUCAGGAAGGUCUUACAGCGUUAAAAGUGGCUUCUACACUUCCCAUCGACAGGCCACCGCACGUCACGUUCGGACAGCCCAAACCCGACGUCGAGUUGGUCGUGGUCAGAAAGCCGGUGUUUUCACAUGCACCGACCUGGAACCCCUCACUAAAGUACUUGGUUAAUGUCUUAGUUGGGUGUCCUGAUGUUCGUUGAUGGCAGCCUGGUUUUCCUCUGUUGGCUUCCCCUGUUCUACCUUCGAUUUUGAUCUAGUUCACUUUCGCCUACAUUAUCUCACCUAGGUUCGUCCAGUACGGUACAUUGACGCAAAACACUGCUGGGCUGUAAAAGUAAACGUCUCAGGUUUUGGUAUUUGUUUGUCUUUGUUGUCCCUGACCCGCAGGUUUUACGUUCUGCAGAGUUUCGCCUGUUUAUUUACAGUCUUCUAAUCAUGCUCUCUUCAGCACUUUACACGCGGUUUUUACUCAAGUCGAGUUGUUGCCUGCAUCGCCACGUUUGCAGUUCAGUUCUUCCUAGUUACUGCUCUGCGUACAUAUUGUUUGAUUUCGUUUAUGCUUUAUAUUAUCUCAACUAGGAGAAGGCUAUGGGACAAAAAUGGGCAUUUCUCGCAUAUGUACCGUGAUUGGCCGAUGAUAACCCAUCCCCGGGCCUGGUAUACCUCAGAUUUUACUCCGAUAUGAGAUGUGACUUUAAAUAUUUCCGAUGUAGUACGGAAAAAGUGGGCUCGUCGCCCAAACGGUAGGUCGUUUGCCUCAGCUGCUCAAAGACCAACCGAACCGGGUCCAACUCCCCGAUCUUUCUGGUUUGGGUUUGCGUUAUGUCUGGCUGACCCGCCAUUGCUGAUUCCCACUUGUUCUUUUUUACCUUGCCUAUUAGCGACCACACGUUAUGCUCUAAGAUUCACGAUUCAGUCAGUGGAAUAUCUAAACAUGCGUAUUAAUGGAUGAUAUCACUAGGGUUGAGCCACAGUACUUGCUUACGUUAACCAUAAUCUCAUGUCAGUUCGUACUCUACAACAUGCUGGAUUUCGUUUUUGAAAAUUCUCAGCCUCCUGUUCCAAAGUAAACGGAAAGGAUAUUGAUCUCCCCGUACGUAGUUCCAUUGCCAUUCGACCCCUAUGCUAUUUUAAUUGCAUUUCUCAGCAUUGGUGUGCAAAAUCUUUCCUUUUCAUGUUCAUAUUGUGCACUGUUAUGUCCUCCUUGAUUUAUGAAGCGUUUGCGUACGUAUAAAUGCAAACUAAUGUGUGCAGGCCUGCUGAUUUUGCUUGUAAAGCAUGCAACGUGUUCCUCAUAUGUAUAUAUAACCGUGGUCGAAGACGCUCAGCAAUCACGUUACGGGACCUGCCCGUCCCGCUGUGCCUAGGGAUUGGAUCUUACGACAGUUUGGUCGUCGCAUCCGACGAUGUCUGCCGUGUGCCCCACGACAUGGUAGAGCAGGGACGGUGACGUGUGCGUGAUUUAGUUUAUAGUGAAUGUAGACUUGCACAGCGUCUACCGCAUCUCUCUCUUCCUUCCCCCCCCCCCCAUCUGGACCCGGUGUCAAGACAGAGUCAAGAAAACCGGAGGUAGGCAAGAACGCAAGUGGAUGGUACAGUCGAGCCCGCACCUUGGUGCUCCGCCUUGCUCAGAUCCCACGGAGUGGGAGUAUCAUAAAGGUCACAUUAAGAAGGUACCAUUGCAGCCUGACUCUUAGGCCACCAGUCGGCCACUCCACACAAACACACAACACUGGGCCGACCGCGAGGUCCAAGUUGUCCCGUCAGCUGGCAGCCUUCCAAGCGGGCUGGGCGCAGUUGAGAUUUGCGAGACUCGUGUUUGGCAUUGGCGGCGGUGAUGCGGUUGGCUUCGUAGAUCGCUGCGCCUGUUUUCACCGUCCUUCGCCAGGUCGGUCGGUCUCGGGCGAGGUCUUCCCCCUUGGCCGGUUCGGUCUUCAGACGCUUCAGGGAAAUCUUCAGAGUGCCCUUGUAUCGACGGACCUGUACUCCCUGUCAGCGAGAACCCGUUGGGACAUCUCCAUAGAAGAACCAUCACAGAAAAUGUUAACCAACACUCUGAAAUGUGAUUUCAAUUUGAAAAGAUUAGUUGGGUCGGGUUGUAAUGUUGAUUACCUUGCGGCAUUGCCCAAAGAUAUUUCAGUCAUCCCAAGAUGUCGGUGUUUAAAUGAGCGACUUCUCGGCCGUUUGCGAAACAUACAUAAACAAAGACAUUGUGAUUUUCGAGGUGUCUAUAAAUUCAAUUAUAUUUUAUGGACGAUUUGCAAGAACGUAUUCUUUCUUGCACGCUCUUUGUAACAAGUUACGUCUUCUUCACACUCAGUUCGAAGAAAGGGUAUAUUCUGGUUUGAAAGGUAAGGGCUAAGUAUGUGCGUGCGUAAGGAAAAACAAUGGAGAACUGCCUGCAGUAUUUUUAAAAGUAGGUGUUGUUCAGUAGAGUUUUUGGUCGACCCUUCGUUGGCAGGAUGCCAUUUGCUGACCUAUACCGCCCCGAGGAGUCGGCGCUGCUGAAAUAUUCCCAUCGUUCCGCACCCUCACACGUUAUUCUUUAGUAAGAGGAAGGCUCAUAUUUAGAAGGAAAGUUCAGCACGGAGAGUAAUCAGGUAGUAAGAAAAAUACUCGAAGUAUUGUUAAAUGGAAUGCAUACGUCUGCCAGCAAAGCAGGAGUGUUAAAAUGCUGGUGAAUUUUUUAAACAACAGUUAGCGCUUUCUUACCCCGCGUAUGUACGUAAUCCUUGCCGCGAGCAUCCUGGGUUGACUGAAAUAUCUUAAGAUUAUGCUGCAGGAUAGUCAAUAUUACAACCGUUUCGGUUAGCAUUGCAUGAGGUAGCACAUCUACUGCAUAUCUCUUCUAAGUGGUGAAAGGGCGAGCUGUACCUACAAGACUGAGGUGGCCAUUUCUGGCUUGUCCGUCGUUAACAAACCAUUCCCAACCCCAGGUUUGGACGACUUAGGGGUUAGGCACGGGUAUAUAUAGCCCUCGUGAUACAGGUAGCCUUGCACUAAAUUCCAGGACGGGCACCUGUUCCCGUGUCCUGGCUUUAAUCCUGUCGCUCAUUCUCCGAACCCUAACACCAACCCUCCUAACCUCAACUCUGGCCUUGACAUUAAUCCCAAUUCUAACCUCCUGGAAUUUAGUGUAAGGCCGUCUAUAAUACAGGAGACUUAUAGUCGUGCCCAGUGGACCUGGGAUUCGAGUCCGCACUCCUCGGUAAUUAACUACAAGGUCCGGGGUUCUACCAUUAAGCCCUUGUACCGAGCGCCGUUCGCCGUCAUAAAGCUGACUAGCUUUAUAGAAACAUUGCACAUAAAUAAAAAAAACGAAUCACAGAGUUCGCGCAGUGACUCCCUAUGUUUGAUCGACACAAAUGGCCAGUAAAUUUCGCACUGGAGAUACAGCAGGUAAAAAUUAGCUCUUGCUUAUAUAACCUGUAGUUUCAAUUACGCACUUCCUUCUUCCUGGAAGUAUAGUUAAAGAUCUUGGCGAUUUUCUUUAGCCACUGCGUCUACUCCCUGUGCUUACUCGACUUUUCGAAUAAGCUUUUUACGAUGAUAACCAUAGAUGCCUUUCCCCUCCCCGCCUGCUAAUUCAGUCUGGAAAACGUCUCCUUUUAUCAGAAGUCUCUUCUGCUGCAGGUUGACUUGUUUUGCCCGGUGUGUGGCCGUCGGAACAUUGCGCAAGUUACAACAUGCCACCCGCCUGUACUAACUGCCUUGCCUUUAUGCCUCUUUUUCUGAGCAUAGUGCGAGUCAAAGACCUAUCAGGAGAAGGACGACCACCCGAGCACGGUUGUUAUCUGCCGCACCGACGACCUCUUCAUGCUUGAACAGGACAUCUGCCUGGCCUGCGGUUCCAUCGGCGACCCCGACACGCUGAUCGCCUGCGCCCAGUGCGGCCAGUGCUUCCACUCCUACUGUGCAGACGUCUCGCGCAUCAGCCGCACCAUGCUGGAAAAGGGUUGGCGCUGCCUGGACUGCACCAUCUGUGAGGGCUGCGGUCAAACCACAGACGAAAACUUGCUGCUGCUGUGUGACGAGUGUGACAUCAGCUACCACACCUUCUGCCUGAAACCACCGCUCAAAGAAGUGCCCAAGGUAGGCGCUGCAUGCGCGGGCAGUGCUCGCUCCUCCACCUCAUGCGUUUCUUCCGCGAUUACCUCCAAAAUGCAGUCGAAGGCGCUGCUGCCUGCAGUGACCUCGUCAAAAACUAGACGUGGUCGACGAUUGGAGGUAGUCUGUCUCUGUAUGCUGCCACCGGCUGUUCCAUGUGUCUGUUUCUAGCCACCGCAGUUGCUGCUGCUGCCGCUGCUAUGCGUCCUCUCCUUCAGUGUUGGUUUCUCCUUUGCACCACCCACGCCUCCCUCCCGCUCGUUUACUUGUGUGUGCGUGUGACGGUACUUACCAUGCCGAUUCAAAUCUGACCCCCCAAUCGCUAUUUAACCCAUCUGAACGAAACGCAUGCCGUAGACAAUGGGGCCAGAAUUUUCCCUGAGGUGAGAUUUCUCCACGCCCGCCUAUGCCUUCUGUUUGACCACCUCCACGCCGUCGCAUCUAGAACCUGGCUGGAGUAAGAUCAAACCUUGGACAAUUUAGCCUUUAGGUUGACGGAGCUAAGUUCUACUGUGUGCUCCAUAUCCGAAGAUGUACUCUGAGGGCCAGAUUUAAAGAACAGGCGUAUGUUUCCGAUUUUAGUCCUUAUUCUCCGGUAAGAGACUUGAAUCAUUUGAAUCGGCUCUAAGGUCAUGUCACCACCCUAAAGAAGGCUGGUGAUAUUGUACUCCCGACACAGUAUCUUGGGCCUUUUAUUGAGAAUCUUUGCGGUGGCAGUCUUGUUCGCGCCUGUAACUACAGUCUCCUUUCUUCCUAAUUAUAAUUAGCAGGUUUUGUAGUAUGCCUGUUAGUAUCCUCAAACAGCAGGAGGCGAUCUCUGCGCUGCUAUUUACCUUCCUGCCUUUUUUUGUGGUAUUGUCAAUCCACAUUAGGCGCCUUGUCGUUGUUGUUGUUGUUGCAGCAGUACGCUGCCGCCAGGUCAUCUUCGAACUGGACGAACUCGUCAACUGACAAUUCAAAGUUUGAGGCCUUUUUUUCCUCCGGUCGAAUUUACAAGAGGCAUAUACAGUAGGAUUUAUUGGUAUCAAGAAAUUUCGUAGCAGCUUAUCAACUGCAACUCUUCUGGACAACAAUCUGAUUGGUGCUAAAACCGCGUUAUCCCUAAAACAGAGGGAUACACACAUUCCGAGUCUCAGUGGAUUACCAGAAACGUGUAAAAGGACAUACCUCUAUGGCCAAUUCUGCUUACGUGUGCUUCAUUCCAACACAGACUAUCACAAUGACUUAUCAAGGAACUAGAACCAAUUUAACUUCGGUUUCCGUCUUGCACGAUAAAAGACUGCUUUCGUUUAUUGAAAAAAAUUAGGCAUCAAAGCAUUUCCAGCUAAUGCAUGGCCUCCUUGGGCGUAGAAUCACUACAAAUGCACCACUUGGUGAGACAAUAGAUGCCAUUUGCGCCCAUGCAUCUAGAACCCGUCAGUCAUCCAAAAUACUACAUGACUUGCUGAAACUGUGCACGAAAAAAAUGUUCUGUUUAGGGAACGUUUAUGCAGACAAAUUGACGGAGUAGCAAUAGGAAGUCCGCUAGGUCCAACCUCAGCCGACAUUUUUAUGGGUCAUCUGGAUGAAAGGGCGUCAUGGAAUCGAACAUGAAAUCACUAUACAAAAAGAUGUGGAUGAUAUCUUCGUGAUGGUUGAUAACAACGAGGAAGCCGAAGGACUGUAUGUUGCUAUGACUAGUCUGCAUCCGAAGAUUAAGUUCGCAAUUGAAAAAGAGCAGGGCAUCAAGCUAUCCUCCCAGGACGCCCACGUAUUUAGACAGAAAGACGAUUCACUAGGGUGACCGGUUUUCUAUACGAAUACAUGAGAGGAUAAAUACUUGCAUUUCCUGAGUUUUAUACCAAUACAACGGAAACGAAACCUGGUGUACACUCUUCUCCAAAUAGAGAGAAACAUUUUCCCUAUCAAGACGCUAGACACAGACAUUGCCUGUCUUAAAGCAACUUUGCUUAUACGUGGAUAUUCAACACGUUUCAGUCAAAAGUACAGGAGAUCCCUACGAAAAAGAAUGACGGAACGGUCAUUCCCGAAAAAAAGACCGUUGUAAUAUUAAUGCCCUUUAAGACGGAGUACAUUUCAAAUACGACCAAGCGACGGCUGGGAUGCACUAUCAGAAGGGACGUACAAUGCAGCCGAACUCAUAUCCAGCAGCCCUUCUAAAGCUGUUCCAAUUCCACGGGGAGGGAUGCCUUGCCAUUCCACGUCACUUCAAAUUGUGUUUAUAAAUUCACAUGCACAUGUGGAUGCAAAAACAUCAGGCGAACGGAAAGGCAACUGGCAGUCAGGUCAGUGAGCACCUACCUAGAUGGCUUUUAACGCUGGGAAAUAGAUUUCCUCGUUCUUAUAUUAAGAAAAACCUCCUAGAUGACAGCCAUUCCGUGGACCCCAAAACAUCCUUCUGAAUACUUGUUCGGGGACAGACAACUCAGGCAUUGCGCAACUUGGAAGCAGCAUGCAUAUGGUGGGAGAAACCCGACCUGUGUAAACAGCUAGACCACUUGGUCAACCUCGACUUGUCCUUGUAAUCCCCAGUCCUUCGACCCUCACAUCCCUUUUGCGUGUUAGCUUUCCUCCUUUCUUAUUCCUAAGUUCUGUUUUUAAGCUACCAUUUUCAUUGACUAGUCUGUGUGCACUAAACAAUCGUCUUUCUAUUUUGUAAUAAAUUCGGAGUCGUCUUUUCACCGUAUUGUCGUCAAACUUGACAUGAUUUAUGGGACAGUCUAUGGACUCUCCUUUUGUCCCCUGUUACCCCUGCUACUGGUGUUUCGAGACUGCUUUUUCGCCAAAUCCUGGAAACCAGCCAUUUUGCAGCUGGACUCUUUCGGAGCCCCUCCCAAUCGUAGCCACUUCGGGAGGCCAGGGUCGUCAUCUAAACCGUCAGUCUCUGUCCCUGGGUUCCUGUCUUUUCGCGGUCAGAGGGGACACACACACUCAUUCAUUCACUCACUCACAUGCUCUUUGCACGCACUCUCACUUACCUGCGAGGCCUGCACUUUGUGCUCCUCUGCUGUCGCACUUGCUUGCAAUCCCAACGUAAGCGUACACUUUUGCCUGCCUAUGUCCCACAGCAGUUCCAUCCAGUUUGUCUUCUAAGUAUUGGAAAGGAGAACAACAUAUUUUCGCUCACGCCAGACUUUCCAGCCACGGUUUUAAAAAGAACUUUUAAUGAACUUCAGGCCUGAUCUCAUUUGUGGAAUUUGGGUUGUGUGGACAUUAGAACGUCCGUGCGCCUGGGUCAGGCGAUUCGAGGGCUCUGUUCCCUUUCUACCGAAGGUCACGCUAGAAUUAUUGUUUAUCAUGAGUUUAAGUAAACCCUUUCUGGUGCCUCCUCAUAAGAAGCUGCAAGCUGUCCCAGACGACUGGCAGUAUUCCGUGCGAUGGCAUUUGGCUAAAUGCCCCCUGUCUGCCUCCAAUAAUAAUUUCAAUAUUCAAUUUCAUGUCAAGUCCGAACAUUUGUGCUCAUUAACCAAAGAAGGAGUGUGUGUAUCUGUUAUUCAUCUUGUUUGCUGUGUUGGGGUCUACCCAUGAAGUGCGUUUUUACCCUUCUGCGCUUUGGCUACCAAGGGUUAUUUUUAACACAUUGGGCUGUGUGGAAUUACUCUUCAGCUACUCAGGCUAAAUGCACUGCACUAGCAGUCUGCUGUCCGUUAGUUCUUGAUAAUUUUAUAAACGCACAUAAUUUUUCUGAUUUCGUUUGCCAUUUUGCCAGUCAAAUGGACACACCGAAAGCACUAAAUUUUCCUCAAAUCGUGAAAGAAUUCACAAUUAUUUUAGUUUUCUGUGAAAUUUCACGGAAUUUCCUACAAAAUCUAUUCAGGUUCACUUUGGUAACAUUCCAACUUAUGAUAAAACUAGAAUUCUUCCAUCACACGGUAAAUGUUACAAGUCACUGCCUUAAUACCUCACUAAGCCAGUCUCCAGUCUGACGAUAACCAAUGGUACUUUAAAUGACGUCGAGUUUUUGUGUACUCCGAAGCUUCGUCCCGUCCAGGCUAUCAUUAUGUUGUAAGUUAACCCAUCUGACAUUUAUUUACAUCGGGCACUAAUGCCGCAACUAUGAUAGUUCGACCGUUGCUAACAAUGGAUUCUACUGCUUCUCCUCUAGGUGUAUGUAACAGCCGUUACUUUAGCGUAACUUUUUGUAUAAUGACGCGGACUUUCGCCGCAUCUACCCCACUCUCGUCUCCCGCACCCAAUAUGCGUCAAUAGUAAGACAAACUCAAGUAGACUGGGCUGUGCGCGGUCACAGUGCUCGGCAAAGUUAGACAGGUUAUCUGUGCUUUUCACGCGCCUCAUGCUUCUUUCAAGUAGGGCUGGCUCCAUCAUUGGGGCGUUGCUGCUGGCCAGGCACCAUUUUCGUCGAUGGCGCCAAUUUACAAGCAGGCGGUCAGUACCGUCCCUGAAAUUCCUUUAUCUGGCGAUCUGAAAGUCUUGGUUUCCAGUGGCCCGAGGUACUGUUUUCUUGUGGACGAUCGCUGUUGACUUAACCGAAAUCCUAACCCUCUCUCAAGUAGCAGUGACCCCUGGAACUUUACCAUAUGUGCUCGCCUUUUGGGCCCGCACUCUAUCUAUUUGGCCACUGUAACACCAGGUUUUGCGCAAUCGUUUACCCAAGUUAUCUGCAGCCGAUCCGUUACCCCCCCCCCCCACCUUUGGGUCGAACUAAAUUGUUGUGGUCUCGAAUGUCCCACAGGCAGUGGAAACUUGACAGCGAACGUCCUCUCAAGAUGCGCAGGUUGAACCUGGAAGUAUCCUGGCCCGUCAGUUGUCAUGUUCUCUCUCACCCCAACCUUCCAGCUUUUACUGCAGACAACAGCGCUUUGACACCAACCGUUCAAGCUUUGCUCAGAUUUAUGACAUCUGGAAAUGGAUUUUCAUACACUCUUCCACAGUCAUUCUUUUUAAGCCAUGAGCGGUCAAUCUUAUUGGGGAUAUGUUACGUACGUAUACUUGACUCGCGUACCUUUUCCCCGUAAAAGUCGUCAUCCAAUCGUAUAGAAAUACCAAUUGAAUGCUUUUUGACACUUUUUAAACAUUUGACAAUCUUCUCAAUGCCAGGGCGGAUGGAAGUGUUCCAACUGCGUCUCCUGUACCAGCUGUGGCAGCAGAUCUCCCGGGGUGAAUGGAGACUGGCACGCUAAUUACACACGCUGUGCCCCGUGUGUUUCCCUUUCUAUCUGCCCCGUCUGCACGUUGCCAUAUCGGGACUCGGAGCUGCUGAUAAAGUGCGCCAUUUGUAGUCGCUGGUCGCAUGCCGGCUGUGACCAACUCCGAACGGAAGAUGAAUUGGACUUUGUCACUGAUCUGGGUUAUAACUGUGCUCUUUGCCGGGAGUUGGGUGCUCCACGAGGUCCCGGUCAUCAGCAGGUACGUUUAGGCAUACUGGUUUCUCUCUGCCUUGUCUCUCCUUCGCCACGUUCAUUUUUCAUGCGUUUGUACCUUUUUGCCCUCUACUCUGAUCUCAGCUGUUGGACUUCCGUGCGGCAAAUGGUAACAAUGUGCCUAUACCAUCUUCUUGGAAGUGUGGAGAGCGAAUCGAUUCACUGUUUGCAGAUAGAUUGGUAAGUAGUUACGAAAGCCUUUGUCUUCGGUUUCUCGAUAACUUCCGUCGAAUACUCUCACUGAGGGUGAUCUUCUGCUAUUCUCGCCUUUUGUUACCCAGAUGUCAUUAUACUAAUCAGCGCCACCUUGUUUCUUGUAGUCCUCGUGUUCCCCCGGCAUAGCUUUUGGGUCUGCCGGUUCGUCCGCCGCGCGUUCAGAUGAGGAACAAGGAUCACCUCUUGAUCCUCAGUAAGUACUUUACCACCGAACUGAUCUGAUCUGAACUGAACUUCCUUGUCUAAGGUAUCUGCUUUUGACUCCACAGUGUCCUGCUCCUUUUUGCACUGUCGCUUUUUUGAUUUAGUUUCCCAGCAUCAGGCUCCAGGUCAGCUCGUCAGAAGCUUAUUUCCUAUGCGGUUGUAUGGCCUCGACCUCUUUUUCUUUUCUUAGCCAAUUUUUUAUGGACGGCGUAGUCCUCAGCGAGACUGGUCUCAAUACCAUUCGCCAGGUCAUGCUGAAGGGGCAUCCCAAGCGCCAUCUAACCGGGGGCCGGCGAGCCUCGCAUCCAUGUGCACCAUCGGCAAUUCCAGGUAUAUUUUGUGACGUUUAGUUCUCUUUUUGUCUUUAUCUGCAGCCCGUUCAAUGCUACAAACCGACUCGUUUAUCUGCUGUGGCCUUCUGCUUUCAUGCAUGUCUGUUUAAAUAGCGCUUUCUUAUUCCCUUCCAGAUGCCAACUCUGUGAAUGAUUGCGCUCCCGCCUCUGUGUUUACUUCGGUGAGACAUUUUUUGUAUGCUACUUUCACUGUCCCUUUUUAUGAUCGCUCCUAAGGGAACUGAAUUACGCUUGAAAGCUCGCCUUGUCAGAGGGAAUCAAGCUCACUUCAUACCUCAAAAUAGUUGAUGAAAUUCGCCGCACGGAAAGUGUUAUUUCGCCUUCUGUACUUGAGAAUAAGGGAGUGAAUGCGUACGUUUAGCUUCUCGUUUCACCAUCGACUCUGGAAUCCACCGAGCAUCUGGAUUGCUUUAAAGACUUUCUAGGAAUACUUACCCUGCAGACGCAAAGUUUAACCAUUAUUCGUCAGAGGGGUGAAAUUUUGGCAGAAUGUUCUUACCGACAAAGACAAGGGUGAAAUUUUUUUCCAUGGUUCAUUACUCCCGAACCCCAGACUGAUAUAAUUCAUCAAACUAUCCUAAUGCCAGUGGAGAACUGGGUGGCAAGGUGCUCCCAUGGUUAUCAACAAGCUACUUGUUCACCUUAUAUUUGUAUAUGCAGGCAAUGACAUGCUUGAAUUCUGGGAAGGUAUAACUUUCAAUACGCAUACCAUGGAUCAGUGAAGCGAACAUGUCUGUAAGUUUGCGGCAGUCCUGUUUGUAAAUUUUGGCUGAGAUUACAUCUACGCCGGGUGCUUUUUCGCUGGGCAUAUAUUGCAUUUCUCUUGUCUCUAAGAUGGGAGGCGGACGGCCGGUUUAUUCAUUGAUGUCCUCUGGAUGAAGUCGGUUGAUGGCGCCUUCUCAGCUUAUAGAUAGCUGAUUAGGAUCCGGGACAUUUUUGAAGAGCUCCACUCAGCGCUUUAUGAUUUGUCGCCUAACCAACAAUAGUUUUGCUCCAUAUUGACUGUGCAGUGGCGCAGUCCCCCUGACUUGGGGACCGUAGACUGUCUUGACCACCGCGAAGGACUUUUUCUUCUCACAUCGUCCAGCGUAUUUCUCGGUGUCACCAACCCUGUGAGUUAGCCAACCCUUUUGAGUCUGUUGCAGUGGCCGCGACAUCCGAAUAACGCGGCUUUACUGCCUUCGGUUUUGUUGUUUGGAUAGGUAUUGUGUAGUCUGUUUUUCUUGGAAAGCAGGUGUUUGAGUUCUUCAACUUUGUAGCCAAACCAGUUCUGGCGCUGUCCAUGUACGAAAUCGCCAACUGUCAGAGCAGUUUCGUGAAUGACUUCCAGCGGUGUCCUUUACUGGGUUUCAACGGUAGUUUUCUUCCACAUCGAGAAUUACUCAAUUGCUAAAAUGUUGACCGAAUUCAGCCGUAUUCAGUGAUAUCGUGCUUGAUUUACUUGAUGCUGACUUAACUCUUCUUGCUUAUCUAACAUCAUCCGCGUUCAACUUUGUUUUCCCGCAGUUCUUCCCCACAAACCUCUUAAUAACUCGUACUAGGCGUUAUGUUUGCCCAUUAGCACUCUGGGAUACCGCCUCUUGUCUUUUCCAAAUCACCUACGCAUCUAACUUGCGGUGGUCUUCGACGACUCUUGUCUGUCCACCUAGUGGACAUGCCGGAGUAUCGAAUGAAUAUCAGUCUGUUUUCACCUGUUUCUUCUGCCAUCAGAUUGACGACGAGGCAUCGCAGCAGUCUGCAGCAGAUGCUGAAGUCGAAACCAUUUCUACCACCUACGCUGAAACGAAAUCUCCCAGUGUUAUCUCAGAGGAAGACGCUAGUCACCAGCUGCCCGGCGGUGAACCGAAUUCAACGAUGGAUCGUGUAAACACAACCCCGGCCUCAGUGGUAAGAUCUCUUUUGCACACACGCCACAGUAAAGUACAUCUUUCACCGCAUCGUGUAUAAGACUUUUGGGAGAAAGCUGUGCAUCGAUCUUCCCGAACCCCAAUUUCUCCUCCAGUUACACGUCCCGCGCCCGAGCUUUUUUCAUGGAGCUUUCCUGUACCCAUGCAGUUACGCUCUGUCAUACGGGUUCUAGCCACACACAGUGCUUGUUGCUGGGUUUGAUUUGAGUUCACAUAAAACCACGUUAAAGUCGUCAGGCGUCUUAGCGCCCAAAAUCCCUGUCAUUGUAUCUCCUGGAUUCUCAACGAUUCACAUUUAACAGAUAGGUCCCUUAUCAUUAAGAGCACUUUUUAUGUUGGGUAUUUCCCUCCACAUCUUUUACCUGCUCAAGAGUUUUUCUCUUCCAUGAUAUCCUGCCUAUUAGGUGUCUGCAUCCAAGGCGCGAGAUCCUAACGCGAAGGGCAAGUCGGCCAACGCCAGCGCUCGUCGCCAACUAAACCUUGGUGUUGGCGGAUUCAGAGCACGUUCCACUCGCAUGUACCACGUAGGUUCCCUUGUCUCGAGGCAUCGAGGUCUUUAUCUGUCUGACUACUUGCUUCCCUGGUACGGCCAUGAGCAAGCCUGAGCUAGCCUGCCUAAAUGCUAUCACAGAUUGUAUCUCCACUCUUGACGAUCUGCAGCAGCGCAUCAAGGGAGCUCGGUUCCCUGUCUUCUCCAGCAGCGGUUGCAAAAUAUCGAAGAUUCGAAGACCAUAUCCUGACAAACUAUGCUCAGCCAGGUUUUUACUCUACCUCAUCUUCGAUGCCUCCAGGUGGAUAGCGAUGUCGAAUCAAAGGUAGCAACAGUGAACUCGUGGAUCUGGCGACGAAAAACGUGAUCGAGUCAUCUCAGCCGCCUUUUUUGAAUGGCCCGUGAUAUUCUCGUGGUGUUUCCCUAUAGACGGUUGAUGUACUUCACUAGGUGGAUGGUUCUCAGUCAACGGCAGUUAGUCACCGGUUUCCGCUCAUGUUCUACGCAGAUGACUCUGUGUUCACAAGUAUACAGAAGGAUUGACGGAACGGACGUCCGAUACACACGGACAUCUGGAGAGAGAGAGAUCGCAUCGAUUGGGGCGACAAUGCAGUCCUUAUACUGCCAAUUUCAUUCCCAGGACUUUUGAACUCUUUCUUAAAACUGACAGCCUCUCAUAAUGAAAGAGGUCUUCUUCUGGCCACAAACACAGUUUGAAAAGAACCUUAAUGGAGAAGUCUACUGAUUUGGAGAGCCAAUUCAUCCAAAUACCAGAACGAAUAUCAAAUGGUUGGGAGAGAUUACUGUGGACCGGAACUCGUGCAGUAGUGAAGUAGUGAUGAACGCAGCGACGCAGAGAGCCAUUGCGGACUAGAACGGCAGAAUGCAGCGCUGUGUGAACGUGUGGUCUGUGCGUCCACGUCCAGUUCGAGGUCCGGUCUGGUUCGGUCCGGUCCUCAAACCACGUACUCUGAAACCUCCUGAGAAUAGCUCUGAUAGCAAUGUUGAUGAGACUUAUACCACGGUAUAUUUCGCAUUUCGUCUUUGCUUCCUAACGUCGGGCAAAGGGAUGGUCAAGCCCCGGUUACCAGGAACGACCUCAUCGCCCCACACUAUCAGUCACCUCGUGGGACCAGACUGUCAGAGUAUGAAUGCAAAUCUUGUAUACUUUCUCGGAAAUGCCGUCUUCUUGCUUAGCUUUGUUAUUAUUGUUGCGCAGUCCCAGUAUUGCGUUGAUUAUUCCUCCUCGGUACGGAGGCUCAUAUGAAACUGUAUAGACUGGGAAAGGAUAAAAUUCGGCUGCAGAUGAGGGAAAGAGGUGAUGAGUCGAUAUAGUACUCGAAGUGCCCACACCGGAGCUCGACCGUCUUCGAAAUUUCAACAAUAAAGACGCUUUUUACACCGGAAACAUUUUUUUCAGUGCAGAUGAUCCACCACCAACCUGGAGAAUAAAUAAAGGAGUUCUCGCGUGUCGUCGUCGUUUAAGGCCGCCGCCUGCAAGUUGGCACUUCAACCCAAUAACUUUCGCGGUUGUCUCUAGCCGACUGUGACUUCUUCCGGAGUACUCAGAGGGUACCAUCACCGUAGGGCAUAACUGGAAUUGAAAAACUGUAAGCUGCCUGAGUUGCUUCAUCAAUCGCAUCUUCGCUAAACGGAUCGGAGAGUUCGAUUGCCUCGCUAAUCGAUGUGUUCAAUUACAGCCAUUUACUACUGCCGCCUUCCCGCUCGGCAUGCUCUGCAGAGAAUUACCGGAUUUCUAUACUCUGAGCCUAAGCUGUGUUUUAUUGCCAUACUCUGGCAACAAUGAGCGUCUUGCACGAGACAUUUCAAACGCGGAUGUUAGAUGAACUUUUUAGGCACGCACAAACAAGAAUAUUAUCUGAGCCAUAGACCUUCCCACCUACGGCAGCACGCAACUGGUCUGCCGUCAUAAACACAACUUCAAAACUUUUAGCUGACCAGAAUUUAGUUAAUCUGGUUGGUCGUACGACCACCGUUUAUAUGCCGAUUUAAAAUAUGUCUGUGGCGGCGCUGUAAGGUGUAGCUGAUGAACAACAGGUUCUGCUCAGCGAUGUUAAGUAACCUUUCAUCGUUAUUGCUUCGAGGGCCAAGCCCAAAGAGGCAGGUAAGGUGGUUGUUUAAAGACUCACUUUACCCACCCCAACCAUUACAGUCUCCGACUGUAAUCGCCAGAUGUCGUCGAGGGAGUCAUUCAACUGUUUCUUGCGACUGGGGGCAGGUUUCUUUAUGGUUGUCGUCGGUAACUGGUGUUUGCUGGUAGACAUAUUCCCAUACCGAGUGUUCGUUAACGAUUUAGUACCCCCAGCUUACAUGCUAUUCCCCUUCAUCACUACACGAGGGUUUAGAAGCACGUCGGUCCACGCAGACGCCGUACCAUGGAUGUUAGUAGUGAUAUGUUCGGACACUUUCCGUGAGGGUUUUUUGUGGAGUUUAAGUGCCGGUGGGUCUCCAAUAGCCACCGAGGUUGCCUCCCAGAGGUUGCAUCUUCUAACGCUUUAGCUGAAUAGCCUAACCGCAAUGGACUGAUAGCAGGCAAGUUUAUUUCAUAGUAGUUCGUGGCCGGCAUGCAGGAGUGCUGUCUUUAGGCCUUGCGGUGUUUUGAAAGGCGAUAGGCGCGCCUACUCGUUUGAGCUUGAUGCAUGCGGUUGCUUUAAGAGAUCUUUCGGUGACCUGCAAUUACAGUAUCAUCGGGUUGAUAGAUGUUUCUGACUUGGGUGCCUAAGGCUACUUUUGUUUACCGAUUCUAUAUCUUUCCUAUCUUGGAAAUGAAAGUAUAGUUUUAUCACCUCUCCUGUGAACUCCCAGUCAACCAAACAUACAGUUGUGAACCGUGUAUUCAUGGUUGGCGAAAUGAUACAAAUUUAUGUGUGAAUAACAUUCCUCUCAAGUGUUAGAAAAACCUACUUCCGUCGUUUGCCACCCCAUCUGUCUGUCCGAAAAAGUAGAAGUUGUUUUUUUCCGAAAAUCCCGAUCUAUGCACUUUUUUAUCUACGUUUUAGCCAAAGAAGACUCAGCUUGCAGCUGCCGCUGCAGGUGUUAUGAGUGGCGGUCCUCUUAGUAGAAUCACCCAGUCAGCAGAUCCGGGUAUUGGAAAGAAGCGGCGGCCGACGAAGCACAAGUCCAACCUCGAAGAAAGCUACCCUGACUACCUGAUGCAGGCUUUUUAUGGUGGCAGUCUCCUAGCCGCUAGUGACCGCGCCAAAAAGCGUCGACGCAGACUGCUGCAGCAGGCUUCACUGCGCAACAAACCUCUUGGUUCUGCCCUACAGCUCUCAUUCAACUCUUCAGCAACGCCUUCAGAGGGCUCCUCGGCUACAGAGUACGGGAAGCCGGUAAGCGUGUGCAUUCGAAUUUGUUACUAUCUGCAUUAUUUUUUACCACCCACAAUCCUUCUCAAUCUGACCAAACGUAUGUAUAUACUUUUUUUCCGCUCCCUUCGUCCCCAAGGUUAUUGAUUCCGCCUGGUCCGGCAACUUCGACCCGCGCUCUGUGCAGUCCUCCAAGAUGCCCAGCCCCCGCAGCGGUUUUACCUCACCAAGUAACCCACCUCCACGACAGGCCUCUUGGGCGGGUGGUGCGACUGACCUGAACCUGGAUUCACCCCUUCCCGAGGACUUUGACAUGGAGGGUGAUGAUGACGGCUUCGAAGACGAUGACUUUGAGGAGGAAGACGAAGAGGAACUACGUACACUAGAAGAUCCUAGUGUUAGUUUUGGUAUCUACAAACCCUCGGAGGCGAGUUCCCUCGGUCGCCAUGAUGAAAAUCUCUUUGCGGAUGCAUCUACGCCCAGCAGCAGCCAGAAGAAUUUGCUGACAUCAGCACCAUGUGUAAUUGAUGUGUCCAUGGAGCACAACAGGCGUCUGCCGAUUUCUGUCGAUCAGCCUCCAGCCCACCGUAUGCCGGUGGCUGGUAGCAGUGCUCACGGCUCGGCCAGAAUAACACCGGAGCCGUCGUUUGUAGAAGAAACACAAGCCCGUAGUGUCCCCAUUGAUUCACUUCCGCCGCCUCUAUCCUCUCCCAAGACUCAGUCAUGCUUGCCCACAGUACUAGAAACCGCCGGCCAACUUCCAGAAAGUACGUUUGCCGAUCUAUGUCAUCUCUUGUAAUUUCACUGCAAACUGUUAAGCGGUUAAGAGGUGUGUACACGGAAAUCUGUGCCCGAAAUUGACCCUUUUGACACCCUCUAAGUACCUGCAAAGCUGUUUUUCGCUUGCACGCAAACGCGGAUCCCAGUUAGAACUUUUUUAUAAUUCUUCCGGUAGUGACUAUAUGCACCAUCUUGAGAUGAGCCGUCCUAGGUUUCCUCAUCCCUGAUUUGACUCUGUUAACGAAAUUUUGUCGAAGAAAUUUGGUUCAUUAAAUUAGCCCCAGUCGUCGCCAGGGUGGUACCUUCUGUCAUUUGCACGUCUGCGUAAUGUCUCUUCUAAUCGGUCACCGUUCUUAUGAUAAAACGCUUUCGGUACGGUUUUAUUACUGCGUACUCAGUGAAUUUAAGCCUCCUGGUAAGAUAUCACGCAGCAAUGGCUUUCUUUCGACACAGAUUUUUUUUAUUCCCAUUUAUCAGACCUGGAUGAGGUCACCGAUCUUAUGCUUAUGGAUGAUCUGCUCAAUAUCGCCGCAAUAACUAAUGAAGACCUUGCCGGUACUACUCCCUCGAGCUCGGUUCUGUCCGGCCAACUGGAGGAACCUCGGUCGCCACACAUCUCCCCAAUGCAGUGUCCUACCUCUCAGUCGUCACAGCGGGAUUCGGUGUGUAUGAUGCAAAAUAUUUAUGUCACCGGAGUCUCUUCCUCCUCCACGCCAACCACGCCCCAAGGAGGCGCCACCCCCCUGCCUCCGGUUCCUCGCUCCAAAAUGCCACCGUUUGACCGCAAGCAGACUUCACAGAGAGAACUGGUCUCCCAAGUGUCCGCACCGGUUGCCCCCGAGUAUCUUGAACAUCAGGGAAAGGAUGAACGCCUGACUGCCCCCAACGAAUUCUCACAGCUUGAUAGAGUUCAUGUAUGUCGCCGUUUUAGUUGGCAACCUGUUGUUCUCUCUUCACUACCUCCAUGUUGUGCGCUGCACCUCCUUCGUAACGUUUUCUGAUAUGGGAGCCAUUUCUUCUGCAUCCUGCAAGCCGCUUUUUCUGUUGGCAUUAAUUGCAACUGCUACGCCAUGGAACUCCAGACGUUAAGAUAGUUUACUGGGGGAUAUGCGUGACUGCAGUUAAUCGAGAAAGUCACAGGGAGGACGUGAAGAGGUAGUGAGUUCAGUGCUGCGCAACUCCCUGUCUAAUCCAAAGUCACCGCUGCUUUCGCGUCUGGUGGUGUCCAUCUUCACUUCUAACCAACGAUGGUCUUAAGAUUUUACAGACUGCGAAAGUUCAGGGUUUCCCCGGCCCUAGCUAGUCGACGUAGUUCCAUUCGUUCAUCUUAUGCGCAUGACUUCUGUGUCGGCUGCCUUCUAUCCUAUGUUGGGUCGCCAAUCGCCUGCAAUAUGAUUAGAACGCCUAGUCUAGGCGUAUGAUCUGUCUCUGGUCAAUCGACCGCGUAUCUGGCUCCAACUAAAACAGCACACUUCUCUAAUACAAAUCCGGUGACCUUUUUAAGUCCUUAAGGUUGGAAAGGCUUUUCGCCCGAUACAGCCUUGUCAAUCAGCCUCGAACGUUUUACUCGGCCUUAUGCCAUCAAACGGUCCCCAAGUUAGUUAUUCAGGUCUCGAUGAUUGGCCGGACCUCCCCUAUCUUAAGGCCACUCCAUCACCUCUUAAGUAACUAGAUUUACACAUCGUUGAGUGUUUCACCAACCUAUUUUUCGGACAUGGGACCGGUGCAGCUCGGUCUCAGGAAUCCGUCUAAAUUUUUACGGGGAUUAAGUCCAGUGCGCUAGUCAAUACCGCAGCCUUAGUGCCAUCAGACGAAGUAUUCAUGCAUUUAAUAUCACUGCCCAGUCGGUUCCUCCCCGUCUAUGUUUAGUCUGACAUCAGUGAGGUUGUCGUAUCCAUACUCCAGUUGAGGAGGCUUUCCAGAAUGUUAUCUUUUACAAGACUGAGUUACGAGGCCCCGGCCGAGGGGCCUUGAAUUUUAACAUCUAGACUGACUUGUUCGCCACGUCCUUACUGAAUACAGAUAAUCGCGAAUGCAUGGUUUACGGUACUGGCUGUUCCAAACGUUACGGGUUUUUACUGAAUAGCAAAUUUUGAAGACUUCUUUGUAAUGGACAUAGCCCUGUAGGGCGUAUAAUACCGCCCUACAGGUCAAGGAUUUAACGCAUACACCCGCAGUGUGAUCAAAAGUGCGGGACACUACCCGCGCCUUUGUGGAUUCUUAAGCCUGGUCUUUACACGGAUUAUAACUACUGCUUAAUAGAUAUUUUUGCAGGCUUGAAUAAGUUAACUGACAAAAUUGUUAAAUACCUCGGUGACCUCGUCGGGAUUCGUAAUUGCGACCUUGAAGACGUGGUUUUCGUGCAGCCUACGGUUUAACCGCCUGAGUUACGAGGCCCCGACCAAGGGCCCUGAAUUUUCCGCAGUUAUUAACCUCGGCGAAACUCGAACACGCGACAGUAAGGACGUAGCGAACAAGUAAGCCUAGAUGUAAAAAUGCAAGGCCCCUCGGUCGGGGCCUCGUAGCUCAGUCGGCUAGACCGCUAAUUGCACUCAAGCCCAACGUCUCCACUGUCGUCGGUUCGGAUUCCGCCGAGGCCACUUAGUUUUUAACAAGUUAGGUAAGUUACAGCCACUGCUGCAGACAUCCGCAUGCUAUAAGCUUUUCGCAAAAAUCUUUUGAAAUUGUUUGAUGAGAGUUGUCACUUAUAAAACAGUGGCUACUUCUUUAUGUGGCACUCCAGCUGUGUAACUGUGUGGUACCAUUCUAUUUGGGGAAUCCACGUGAUACUAGGGCAUAGCUUUACCCGAGGUCGUUUACUUCCUCAUGCCGAGGUGGCGCAUUGUCUUCCACGACUUGGUUAUUAGUGGACCCGGUGAUGGCUUCAAACUACUCGAAUAGCUCUCUCCUUUGUAUUUAAGAGCUCGCAUCUGGCUAAUUAGUCAUGCAUGAGAUAUGAUUUCACGCGAUUCAGGUGGGCGUUUACAGUGGUCCAACAGAUGUUAUGCUUGGCCACCUUUGACAGGGUUUCUAACCAGCAUUCUGAUAUUCAAGGUCGCCAGAUCUUAUUUUCUGAUCACGUGCUUUUUCAACCAUUCCUUUCAUGCAACUUAAUGGGCAAUUUGUUUUUGGCUACCUGCUUUCCUGCCGGUGCCUCUGAAACAUCUAUGGGAUAAAAUGUCCCCACUCAGAGCAAGAUAUUUUUACACCCAGGGAAUAGCCCUGAAGGUUGUUUUUUUUCUCCUUGUAAUCUCGUGCACUUUUAACAGCUCAUAUUUUCACUCACAACAUUAUAAAGCUCUUGUAUUUAUCAGAUCCUCGACUGUUUAUUCAGUGAAUAACAACAACUGGGGUCUAUAGUUCUUCUGAGUAGCGAUUACGUACUCUCUUUAGUGUUCGUUAAAUCCUUGUAACGAACCUAGACAUCCUGCUGUUUCACGUGAAGUCUGUCUUUAAGCUUUGUGUUUUUUAUCUUCUUGGGACCGAGUGCUGAAAAUGCUUGUGCGAUAAUUUUCUCAUCCGCUCUAUGUUAACCCUUACCUUUCAAUCUUGCCACUUUUUCAGAAUGAGCCGUCAGUGGACACAGCUCCUCUGGGUUCUGAUCGGUUUUCUCCCCACGUCAUGAACCAGCAGUCAUUAGGCACCGCGCUAUACAUAGAAGAUAGUCGUAUAAAGAUUGCCAACUCCCCUGAUCUCUGUCAGAUGCAACGCAACACCAACCCUAUGUCGCGUCUGCCAGUGGGUUGCCAGUCACCCACCCAAGCCGGCUCCUCUGCCCUGGGAGAUUCACAAAGCCAAACCGGUAUUGGCCUGCUACCUGAGUUGAGCGUGAUGGACAUUGAGUCACAGUUGAACGAAUUUGAAAGGACGGAUGUCUACCGUGGAAGUUUACCCGCCAGUCACGCCACUCCUCCUAUGCAGUUGGUGGAUAUCGUCGCUAGCCCAAAGUCUGGCAGCGAUGUGCUUUGUAGAACUCAGAUGUCUUCCAAUCUCUCUGGCGAAGCCUUCUCCGGCUUCCACCAGGAGUCGUUGCCGCUCACACCUCACUCCUAUACACCCGGUGAGCAGUCUCCGAGUAUGAAGACCAAACCCCUCAGUUCCCCUCACGAGAAGACCCCACGUGGUGUGCACGCUUCUAGCACCCAUAUUUCCUCAAUGAAGCCGCUCAUGGUCAUGCAGAGUGUCGAUCCUGAAGUAGUGCUCCAUCAAGAGUGCGCAACCUCGCAGGUAUCCAUGCUUCAGCAGCAGCAACAGAAUUUGGACGAGUCGUAUAUCCCAGGUUGGUUUCGCCCCUUCUCAAUACUCGCUAUGUCGUCGUCUGUGUUCAGUUUCCUCUUGUUAUUGCUGCUAUAAGCACUUAGCACAUGGUUAAGUGACUUUCCUAUCAAUUGUUUCUACAAAAUUCACCAUCUCGAUUAUUAAUUAUCUAAACUUCUUCUUUCGUCCUAGGCACCAUUUCUGGCGCUCCCACCCCAAGACCUCAGUCUGGGCAGCUUCGACAUAAUCAGAGGCCGUCCCCAGGAAUGAUUCAGUCUGGUCGCGUCUGUAAUUCACAGGCUUUCAUGCAACAACAACAACAACAACAACAGCACCAGCAUCAAAUCAGGGCAGCACAACGACCUGUUCAUGUUGUCCAAAGCUAUCCAACCCAACCUCAGCAGUCUCAAAUUCCAAUUCAGCGCCAACUUGUGGUCCAGCAACAACAGCAGUCAGUUCCUGCGACUGGUCAACAGCUCCGCCAGAUCGUGCAGCCCCAUCAGUCGCAGACACAGUCUGUCCAGCAGUUCUAUGUGGGUCAGCAGCACGCGUCAGCGCAGUACGUACAGACGCCCACGGAGAGUACCCCUCCUCCUCCGCCCUAUCCAGUCUCCCACAGUCGUCCUAUGAAAUGGUCUCAGCAGUACUCUCCGAUUGCCGGUCCAACCUCUGUACCGCAAUCGCCACAUCCUUAUCAACAGCAACAGAGUCCGACCCAAAAGAUGGUUUCAUCGCCCCCUAACCCUUCCACUUUACAGUUCAUGUCGCCACAACAACAACAACAGCAACGCAUUCGUCCGCACUUCAAAGACCCAGACUCGUCCCAACAACAGGCGCUAUUCCAGGCAGGUCAGCGUGUCACAAUUCCUGCCGGUGCCUACCAGCCGGCAGCGACACAGAUGUCGAGUCCGAUGACUACUGGGCGCGUGAUGGCCUCACCGAGUAUGUCGGUGGGCCCUUCGGCCGCGUCGUCUGCCGCAGGGUCUCCAAGGGGUCGCACCUUCCAACAGCAACACUUUUCCUACGAGACUUCACCUCUUGGAGGGGACCCGGGUACCAUUCGGACGCCCAGCACUGGCGUGGGUGUCGAUGUGGUAGGCCUUGCACCUUGCACCGAAGGCCUAGCCAAUCAGCAGCUCAAAAGCAUGCUUCGCCAAGGCAGGUGUCUUUUUCUGCUCCUCACCCGUCAUGCCAACUUGCUGUCAUUAGGUCGCAUUCUCGACGUUUAGUUCUAUUCCUGUCAGCCUGUUUACGUACGAACUCUCCCCUAUCUUUGCUUGUUUCAGUAUCUUCUUCAUGUUAAUGUUAAGGAAAAAUGCUUUGUUAUAAAGCUCCAUCUUUUGUUUGUUGAUCACUGUAUUUCUCUCUAGAUGUUAGUCCCCGUAUGUCCGGCGUUGACGUUCUUCCAACCUCCAGCGUCCCGACGCCGAGCCCGGCACCGUCGUCGAGUCGUAUCAAUUAUGCCAAUUGGGAGGCUGAUGAGAGGCGCGGUGAUAUGUCCACUAUCGCCCCGAUCCUCCACGCCAACAUAUUACAUCCGCAUCUGCGCAGCCAGGUCCUUGACUUCCCAACGCGCGCCCGUGAAAUCCACAAACUCUGGAGGCGCCUUCCCAGUGACAAGCGCUGUGAUUUUGUGGUAAGUUUCAACUCCGUCUCUAACUUCUGGCUUGUUUAAACUGCUCGUUGCAUAUUUCCUCCUUAAGUCUUUUUUAUGUUUACACCGUCUCACGCCUACUUCUGCUCUUUCACUAGAAUCAAGCGCGACUGAACCGAACGCAACUGAAGGCCAGCCAGAACGCCUCAAACCUCUCAAGUAGAAAUGCUAUUCAUUCCAGCACCGGAACUGCAGGUCACUUUACCAUACCUUCCCACGGCUCAACGUCCGCACAGAUGGGGCCUACCAUGACUGGGGAGGGCCGUAACACGCCCAUUUCGCCCAAAUUCACUCAAUCGCCGGCCGUCCUGCGUCAGUCUCAGUCCUACCAGGACCUUCUGAACCAGCAGCAGCAGCAGCAGCCGCCGCAACAGCCUCAUACUAUCUACACAGUUUCUCAGGACCCAAUUGUUGCAGCCUCCCCGCAGGUCCUGGAUUCGUUGAGUUCCACUGUGACCGCCAAAACGCCCGGUCUCAGCGAACCUCCCGAGGGUGAUCUUCCGUCAUCUAACCUUGUAUGUAUUCAGUUUUACGUUUAUCUGCGCUCCUUCAAGUCCUACUGCCACCUGUUGUCAAGAAAAUAACUUUUUCUAGCCUACUCAUUACUGGCACAGUCGCAUCUCUGGCAGGUUGUAGGUACCAGCCCGGAAUGCUGGAGAUCUCGACAUUCUUUUAUACCGCAAAUCAUAUUCGCUUGCUUCAAUUAAGCUUGAGUCAAACCCCUACAGGACAUCGCAGUUUGUAAUAUCCGUCCCAGACGCAUCAUACUCAUAUUUUUGUGAGAUCACUAACGUUACUUUCACGAAAUCAGCUAUUCAUUAACGCCACAUCUAAAAUCUCACGUCGCCCACAACCUGGAGGGUCACGUUCUCACCAUCAUAGAGCAUUUCCAACUCGUCAGGUCUCAAAUUCCUUUAUUGUGCAUUUGUUAGAUGGGCUAGCAGCUUCGACUUUCGCGGUCAAUUUCAUUUAUAUCGCAUGCUUCCGUCGUCUAGACUCCCCUCUCUCAUCACUCGGAUGGAAGUGUCGCUGUUGAAAGCGGCCAGGUCUUUGCCUCAACGGUUGGCGGCCUCGAAUCUGCACAGGAAAAACCGCAAAAAGCUGAAGAACAGUUAGCCGUCAGUAGUCCGUCGUUGUCCGAAUCACGCACUGCUAGGGAGUCCGUCUUCUUUCCCCACGACACUCCAACCGACGGAGUCCUCCAAUACCCUGCUUACUCAAGGUGCGCGGAACCCUUAGGAAGGAACUCCUCUAGCGCGGACUCUCUUUCAAUUGCCUGCGGUACUCCGCUGCAUCCCUCUUCUUAUGGUCCGCCCUCUGUGACGCCAUCGCAGGUCUCCUCUUCGCCCUCGCCUAAUGGCUCAGCACGUCACUUGCAGGUUCGUGUUUACUCUUUACCUGUUCACUCUUUCUGCGUGUUUCCCACCUUUUGUCCCUUGCCCCCCUCCUCUCCCCCGGGCUCUUGAUCUCUUCUGUUUGGCUUGUCUCCAGGUCACCUCUUAAGUAUGCCCUUCUUGGGUCCAGGUCGAGGUUCGGCCACUUCAAGACUACCGAAGGUGGACUUGGGCGCAAUGGCUCACAGUGCUAAACCGCUCGUCCACGCGCGCCGCACACGCGACUCGGUCUUUCACGAGGGCGGCUCGGAUCCCACGUGUGUGAGGCUGGCAUGGAGCCCACAUUGAAGAGGAGCCAUUGAGGCCUAAGUCUCAGUCCUCCAGUUACUCCAACAUAUUUCCCUCAGGGUCAAGUUACCCUGUCAGUUGGCAGUCUUACGAUUCACGACUUUUAGCGCAUCGCGGCAGAUUUGAGCUCGUCAGAUUUAUAGUAAGGAAUGCAGCGGUGUGUCGUGGGGAUGACUUCCCGGUGCCAGCCUUACUCUUUUCCCUAUUCUGUGCGCCAGCCGACUGUCCGAGCCUGUUGACCGGCUGGUUUUGAGGUUAGGUGGUGACGGACAGCUAGACAGUCCAUCUACCCGUGCCACACACGAUCUGGCCACCACCAUUGCGCGUAAAGGAGCAUGGUUCCAUAACUCAUCGCGACCCACUUUGCGGAAGACGGACAAUCGAGGUCGUCAUUGGUGUCCGCUUGAGGAAGUCAGUAGAUUGUCUUCCAGUUGAUUGCAGAUUAAUGGUUGAGGACGCUCUGGAAGUCGGCGUCGCAGUCCUCCAAGAUUUAUAUCUUAUCUGACAGCCCGUUUGUCCCAUCAAAGCUCAGCAGUGGCGCAGUACCUUUCGCUUGAGUACCCUGGACCGCCCUGAUGGUCGCAAAAAAUAUUCUUUAUCUCGCCAUAGACGGUAUUUUGUGUAUCUUCUCUACAUUGUCAGUCAGCCGGUCCUUCCGCAUCUCCCUUAGCCUAUGUUGUCGUCGGCAUUUUAAGUACGCGUCUUCAUUUGCGUUUCCGUUCUUGGUGGUGUAGGCCGCUUAUAGCCUGUUCUUCUCAGAGAAGAUAGUGUGGAUUUCUACGCCACUGUCAUCGAACCAGUUCUGGUGCUGUUGGCAAUCGUGAAUGAGGACUUCAGUCCUUGUGAAAUGGACGGUAUCCCACAUGUCUCUCCACUGUCUUUCAACGGUAGUAUGCGCCACUUCGGUUUGCAUUUUUUCCAGUCUAGAGUUAACGCAAGUGAUAAAACUCAAGUAGCUCACAGCAGUAUCAAAUAAUAUAGUAUUUAACUUACCUGAUACUGACUUCUCUUGCCGUCGUCUGCGCGUUUGCAUUUGGAGCCCCGUCGUAGGUGAUCCGUACGCAGUUGGCAUCACAUAUCGCCGUGAUCACCAACAAAUUAAGUGGGUCACGCCUACGAACGAGGACGUAUUCUGGCAGUUGCCAGUAGUGCGGGUGACGGUGCAUCCACGUCGCCUUCUCCCGAGUCGAGGUGCGAAAGAUCAGAAGAAGAUUGUAUUCUGCACAGACCUGCAGGCGGAAAAGGUCCUUGCUGUUGUGGCUGCCGAUCCCGUGACGACCGAGCACACAUCCGCCCAUGCUGCGGGGUCUGUGAAGACGCGGCCACUGAGGUCACGUCACCCAAUGACAUUUAGUUUGUUCGCCUUCAACACGGGAUCACAAGCAAGUCGUGCAGGUCUUCAUAGAACGUGUCCUUCACGUUAUUGGGGCUGGUCAUUGGGGAAAUCGUAAGCGUUGACGACGAUGGCAACUUUUUUUCCCGUGGAUUGGCAUCAUCAUGGCCAUAUAAGGUCAUUGACGCCCUGUGGCAGACAGGACAACCGUUUCGUGAUGUCGUUUCUGGUGUCGAAGGCAACUCAGACAUCUCGUCACUCUGUCCUUGGACGCCAACUCUAAAAGAAAGUAUAUUCUACACCUAUCCCCAGUUUUCCCUGCUCGUAUGACGGUCUCACCCAAAGUCGCAAUUUCUGCUUUGUAGCGGGGCAGUUCACGGUUGGCCAUGGCCAUCCUCCUCUUCAGAUGGUUUGCUAUUAGAUUGUCUAACAUGGAACAAAUAUUCCAGGCUGCCAGAUUGUACUUUUUCCACCGCAUUUUUGCGUUCACAGAUCAGGGUGAGAUUGCCAAUGGUUUUUCUUACUCGAAAACCUUGCGCCACCAUGUUUGGCUUCACGAGGAGGGGGUGAGCAGCGUUAUCCCUAAAUACGACUGUUUAAUCUUCGCAGGCGACUGCCGAAAUUCCACUGUUGGUCACGACCUUUGUUUAAUGAGUAGUUAACCUGAAUUAGCCUAGGCCGCCUAUGGGUAGCACAUCACCGUCUGCGUAGGUCCUUUGUGUUUGGGAAUGGAGAGAAGGUUUGAUAGGGAUUAUUUCUGAAACUAUCGAGUGGGAAAACACACACGCCGGACACCCUCAUCUGGCUUAGCUCGCUGGUCAGGGAAGGUUACCGGGGUGUGGCCGUCGUGCUCAGCCGAGCUUUGUGGAGUCACAGAUGAGGGUUGGGUGGUAGGACGAAACGGGACGAUGCAUGAGUAUCCACUGGGUACAUCAAUGUCCCUAGUGCAUUGCUUACAGGUACUUGCUAACGUCAUGGUCGUUUCUGUGCUACCAUGCCCAGUUGACAUCGCCUAUGCCACAUCUUCGUCCAUGGUACUUGCUGGAAGUGUAUCUGCGGGAGUUUAUACUCGUCAGUGUAGGGUUGCGCAGCGUUCAUACAACUGCAUCAACAAAUCUGGAGUAACCGUAAAAUUGCAGCAUGGAUUCCCACCAUCGGCACCCUCCGUACGCCAGGUAGCAUAGUUGACUUGACCGUGGACGGUUUGUAUGGCGUGUGCUGUUGGACAUGUUCUAACACGCUCAGAACCUGGAUGUUUUCUUUCCAACUGGCUGUCUUAACCCACAGGUUGACCACUGCUUGUCUUAAAAGAAGAAACCUGACAAACCAUUUGCUGUUCGUGUUACAGCUGUUGCUAGUGUCUGUCGGCUGCUUUAGUUAUGCCGACCACGUGCAUCCCUUUGCCUGUACGAACCUCAGCUCCAAAAAGGGCCAUUUUGUGAAUCGGAAGCACGCACUCACCCUUCAAAAGUGAAUGUUUGUUGAUGUUGAGCGUUUGUCUACAUGUUCAGCCCCAAAAGUUGGCUGUUUCGUUUGCGUUUGAUCUAGAUAGCAGCCAAGCAUGUGUGUUGCACACGUUCAGUUAAGACUUUAAGCCAUCCCGACUACAGCACCGAAAUUCACUUACAGGACUCAGCCGACCAUAAGGUGAGCUGACCCAUGUUGAUUCGUGCCUGCUUUCCGCGCUAUGAUAAAUCCAGCCCUCUUUUAACCCGUAAAAAUGAUCCAAAUGUCGUGGUUCAUAGGACUGCUAAUUACUGAGAUAACUCAGAACUGGCAGCCAGGUCGCAAUGGUCCCGUCUGAAUAUGCAGCUCCCUUUUUUAUGAUUUCCGAGAUCCCCUUCUUUAAGUCUGGUUCUCGCUGGGCUAGGUGGCACGCGCGCAAACGCGAACUUCAUGCCAUGGUAGCCACUGCGCGCUCCAUCUCAUAUUCAGCCGAAUUUAUUCGAGCAUGGUGCUGGCACAGAAUGGGAAAGACGAGAGCGGGGAAUGUCGGUCCACUGAGCGGGCUGUUCUCACUCCAAGAAAUCGGAGGAAGUUUCAUCUUAUUACGGCUUGUCGAAACAUUGACGUUUGGAAUGCUCCUGACUGACAGGCUAAGUAAGUUCUUCACUAGACUGCAUAUCAAGGUGCGAUAGCUCCUUUAUGGCUGCUCGUCAUUGGGAAAUCGGGAAUCCUUUUUGGAUGUCUCUCGUGUGGGGUUGCAGGCCAGAACGUGUGUGGCACUCUCAAGCUCUGGUUGAACUUCGUGACGCACAGUUGUCUAGACUUCCUCCUGCCAUUGGCGCAGUCUGGAUUUAAAAAGAGUGGAUGCGGUAGGCGCUGUCCACGUUUUCUCCACUUCACCCACAAAUCACUGUCCCGUCCCCUAGCGUUCGGCUUCCGCAUUGUGUACGAUUGGCGAAGUACCUGUCUCCAAUUGACGCUGCUCGAUAUACAAGAGCCUAAUUUAGUGGCUGAGCUAGAUCAGGGGAAAUCUUCCGCCUUCUUGUAGAGGCAGAAACAUUCGCCUUUUGAUUAGACGGUUUAUAAAUAUUAGCAUCUAGCCACCAUAAUUAACGGCGUUCUUGGUGACCUUUGUCAGCAUUCUGCCUUCUUUCAGCCGGCUUCGCAUUAUACCUUUAUUCCUCCGCGACCUAACCUUGCAGGUCAGGUAGAGCUCUUGUCCUGGGCGUGACCCUUAAUGUCAGACUCCCAAUAUCCAAGUACCCGACUGCUCACUCUGCUUCCAGCUCUGACAUGUGUAGGGUGGAUUUCUUUCUCGCAGCGUGGGAGGAAGGUUUCUAUGCACGUUUACAGAGCAACAGAGAGGGAUUUGUGUUAAUUCGCGAAUGCUUCGUUCAGCAUCUUAACUACCCAGCAGAAUCAGUUGUCGCCCAUACUACUCACGGAAUCCAUCCCCUUCCGCAUUUUGCAUUGUUCAUUUCAGACAUCGGCGCGACACCUAGCGUUCUAUUGAACUUAAAGAAACCGUUGAAAACAUUCUUUGCAAUCGCUCGAUGUUCACGUCUGAUCCUUUUUUGUUCUCUUGCAUCUUUGUUGUGGGGCCUUUUGCCCGAAUGGGUUUGAGGCCAAGAUGAAGUUCAUUCGCCUCGACCGCGCCUCUUUACUCAGUUGCCUUCUUUGUCUACUAGUCAUCCCACUCUAGCAUUGCCAGUCAUUGCGCCUGAUCCCGCCUCGGUUUUGCCACCGAGCUCAGGUGGGUGAGAGAAGAGAGAGUGCAGCAGAUGCUACGCAAGUAUGUCAUCAUUGUAUACCGCUUCACGCACAAGUCACCGUCUUGCACCCACCAUGCUGGGGGGCACACGAUGGGCAUACUUGUUCAGUCCAGUUCUUCCACAGUGCGGAAUGCUUGUAGGAGAUCCCCACGCAUUUGCCUGUAACUUAGAGAAACGAGGCUUAGGUUCCUUAGGCAGGCUGCACAAAACAAAGAUACUUGAUCCUUAACCAUUUUAGUGACUCUCCUUUUAACUCUUUCGAGACUUCUUUGACCUUUGAUUGCCCACGAUCUCCAGGCAUGUAUGGCGUAUUCUAAAUACGACCUCACCAGUGUUCUCAGAAUAUUGGAAAAGAGGUGUUGAUCAAAAUCCGUAAAGGCUCUCUUGAUGACGUGGAACGCGGGCAUUGCGCUUGUUGUCACUCUUGAGCAAUGAGUGGACGGUUUUACGCAGUUUGUCAACAGCACACCGAGGUCUUUUGGGCUCCCACGUCUUGUAAGACUACACCGUCUAGAAGAUAGUUUCUUGCGUCUGCAGAGCCCACACUUUAAACUGAUUUAGGUUGUUGUACUGUCUGCCUUCGCUGCAAUUCUCCAAAUUGUACUUCUGAUUUUCAUAUUGUCAGUUAGCAUUGCUGCUUGGCAGUACAAAUGUUUAUCGCAGCCGUCUACAUAUAUUAAUAGUAAAAUGGUGCCAGUGCUGAACCCUGGGGAAUCCCACUCUCAAUCUUAGCAGGAUUUAAUUUCUCUUGACGGAUGCAAACAAACUGACGCGGACUCACCAGGAAGUUUUCGAUCCAUUUGAGGAAGUCCCCUCGAAUCCCUAUUUCUUCGACCUUGUACAACAGUCUCUGGUGUGAUAAAGUAUCAACGGCCUUCUGGAAGUCGGUGAAGGCGUUGCGGACAGCGUGAAAGCUCGGGUCCUCUGAAUAAAUUGCAUUAAGUUGAUUGCAGGAUCUUACUUUCUGGAACCCGUGUUGACAGUUCGAUAGAAGUUUGUGAAACAACAGAAAUUGCAAUUCAUGACUUUGCCGAGAACAAAUGUAAAGCUCAUGGGUCUGUAAUUCGUUGACACCCGGCCACAGCUUUUGUAUAGGUAAGUAAAGUGCGCCGGAAUUCAAUAUAAAAGUGUUCCAUUAUCAAAUGAACUUUAUACAGGUAGAUUGCUGACACGUACUCUGAGAAGCUUGGGCAAAAUCUUUUUAAUGCCACUAAUUCUCUCCCAAUAAGAUCUUCCGAAAAAUUUAUAUUGUGUACGCUUGGAAUCGGAAUGUUUUCUGCGGAUGGGGGAAGGAAUCAUUCUUCUUUUGUGUAGUGUCACGUUAACAUAAGGCCCUGGCUAAAUUCUAUCUUCACUACCACUUUUCUAUUUCUCGUUCUAGUCCCUGUAUGCCAAUUGUAAGAUGAAUAAAGCCCUGUUAUAGGGUAUUCUCGUUCUGACUCUUGCAUUCGUAUUUGCUCGUCCUCUCCAUCUCGUGUGUUUGCUACAGCCCUAGCUGCAACAUGUAGACCAACGGGAAAAACCUGUGAAGAAUACUCCUUAUCUCUUCCUUCAGUAAUUUCGGUGGUAGUCUUUAUUAGGUGGAUAUGACCUGUAGUGUAAACGGCAAUUAAAACCACAAAGAAAAAUUGAUACAGGAAAAACUUAACUCCAAGUGGGGGACGCUUCGUUUCUUACAAGAAAAAUAACGACAUCAAAAAGGGGAUAGGAAAAACGGCAAAAGGUAAAUAAUUGUACAGACUCAUGAAAAAUUAAGGCCUCUCCAGUAUCGGUUGUCGUAGAGUGAACGUUCUGAGUAAAGUCCAGAAGGUUCCGAGCUGAAGUCAGUUCCUGAAGCUUUUUUGCUCGGAUGAAUUCACUUCCGGUUAGGUAUGAAUCGAAAAUUACGAAUGUUUCACGGUACUUGACUAGAAGGGAUUGAGGCACAUGAGUGCAAUCCACGAGACAACUAAAUUCUUCCGAAUUAUCUGUGCGUUUCUACGAUCAUACUUCUCAAUUUGUUCUUCUAUGUCUUGUAAUGGUUGAAAUAUUUAACUUGCUCAGUGGCGCAGUAUUUUCCUCACAAUUCCUGUUUCCCGUUAAUUUCUUUUUUUAACUUCCUAUUUAGCCACCCGUACCCCUUGCUCUACUUUGCACUCGUCAGGUGGCAGUUUUUGUCGUUCGCGACGGUCCGCUCACUUUUAUUCCAUUGUAACUUCUAACAGCUGAUAUUCGGGUUCAAGCCGCAUUUCAAGGACACUCGGAUCUAAAGUAUAAUAAAAAAAGAAGUAAGAAUGUGGAACUGAAAUGGAGCGAGUCGCAAGGGGAGCCGAUAUAGGCUCCCAUUGCCAUCCUUCUUUGGCACUCGACUGCUUCACAAACUUUUAUCGUCCUAGGCUACUUUAUCGUUUUCUGUAUCAAGCAUUUAAACAUCUAAUUCUCGCAGCUAAACCACAAGGCCUUACUACCACUCUUAUCUGACCCACAGAAUCCACCCUGUACGCCGAAGACACCACAAAUGAACCGUGGACUUCCCUCUGUCAGCGGCCAAUCCGUUAGCUAUGCGAGCCAGCCACCUUCGCCUAUGCCGUCUGUCCCAUCGUCGCCCUCAAUCGGACAACUGGCACCUCAGCAACCACAUCAACAGCAGCCGGUGCGCCUCGGUGAUCAUACAACCCAGGGCAGUGGCUGCGCCACCCAACAACCCCAUCUACCGCCUCCGCCACCCCCAACCUGGCCACCGUCCUGUUACACCUCAAGGCUCCCGACCUGCCAAGCCAUGUACACCGCCGCAGGAAGUAGUGGUGCUUCUUCCGCUGGCAGUGCGCCAGACAGUGUGACAGCCACGCCGACCGCCGUCUACAAGUCCGGCGUUCCCUCCUCACCCAUAAACUCGGUCAUGCGCUCACCCGUGGCCGGCUUUGUGCAACCCUCGACCCCCGCCGCCGCCGCAUCCCCACGACAGGCCUCGCCUGCUGCUGCCGCCGCAGCCACGCCACUCUCGUCGCCAGGUCUUGCGAUGCAGAGGCCGGAACAAGCCCUGCAACAACAACAGCAGCAGCAUCCAGGUCAUAUGACCUCUCCAGGCCGCCCUAACCUUCAGCAACACCCAAUCUCCACCUACUCCUCUGCCUCUCAGGUAAGAAUGGGAUCGAUUCGAGGCGUCUCUGAUGGACGAUUAUUUGGUCUGAGGACCCCUGUUGACUUCGUUCUCUCUGCAUUUAACUACAGGCGUUUUUGAUCAGUAACCCCCUGUGAAUAUAUUCUCCAUCGUCCAACAGCAAAAUGACUUUGUAGUGGAGAUCUUGCCUACAAAGGUCGGGUGAAUCUCAGAACAUCAGACAGCCAUUUGUAUUAUUCAAUCGUCUUUACGCCGUCGCACUUUCAUGCUACACUGUUUCAGUCGCCCAUGAAUGAGUGGGAUCGUGUCAAUGCCAGUAAUUCUCUCCUAGUAGCAUCAUCCGAAAAGUAGUUUUUAUGUUCACAACAUGAUCCAGGUCACAUAGUUUUGCCAGGUCGUUCUGACCUUCAAAAACACCAACCGUCUACCUACUCCUCUGCCUCUCAGGUAAGAAUGGGAUCGGAAUUGCAGCAGGUUUAUCGUGCAGGAUCUUCUUUUCCGCAACCCAUGUUGACAGUUCGGUGGAAGGUUGUGAAACAACAGGAAUUGCAUCAAUUCGCUCCUCAUGAUACUCUUCACGACUCUGCCGAGAGCGAAUGUGAAGCUCGUGGGUCUGUAAUUCGUCGACACCCGGCUACCCGGACACCCGAAGCAAAGUGCGUCAGCUUCUAAUAGGAAAGAAGUGUGUCAUUGUCAAGUGAACUUUCGAUGGGCAGUUCACCGACACGCACUCUAAGAAGCUUCUCCUGUCAUCUUCGGAGACCGAACGUUGACUCUCAGCUGCCUGCAGGUUAUAAGUCUCAAAAGCGGAUGUUUCAGAGAACGUGUUCUCCCUUGUGGAGCUUUUUGGAGUACCAGAAUUUGUCCCUAUCAUCGUAGUCACCACCUGAUGAAUCUGCUUAAUAGAAAUAGAGGUCGUUUAUCUGUGAUCUCGUCUUCUCUAAUGACUUCCUAGUAUUUUCCCUCCAAUGUACCCUCUGGCACACUUCCUUCUGCUUACUCCCACAGACAACGCGGUCCUGUUCCACAAUGUUUGCACUGACCUUCGACCUUAAUAUUCGGUACUUGUUACUGGCUUUUUGCCUGAUAAUUGCGUCCGUCCAUGUUGAUCAAUCUGCCGGACAAGUGCUGUGUCGUUAAAUCGAUACUUCCCUGCCCCCUGUAUACUCCGUUCCUCUGUAUGCCCGAUGAACCUGUUUCCUCUUUUUUAUUCCCUCGUGUCUUUACUUCUCAACUUUUGUUUAUCUCUGAUCGCAUUGUAUCGUGGAUAACAGACAUCUUACAACCUUCCUGUCUGCUUUACUUUGCAGCCACAACAUCUCUCUCAAAGUAGCAUCAUCUCGACGGCAGACGUCGAAAGACAGCGUUUAAAGGAAAUUCUGGCCGAAAAAGUCCAUCUUCGUCAGUACCAGUACCAGAACAUUCAUUUGAUUCAACAGCAACAGCAGCAUCAUCAGUUACAGCAACACCACCUCCCGCAGAUACCAAGUUAUCAGUACCAGCUUCAACAUCAUCAACAGCAACACCAAAACCCGCAACAACAACACCCCAGUACCACUAGCUUUCUAUCGCCUACUGCGCGCACUCCACACAUGACAGGUACAGUGUUCUUCUCCGGCAACAACAAUCCCGAGUGCGGCUAUGCAUCUGCUACCCACCGCAGUGCAACUCCCGGCGAACACUACUCAACGUCUCUGCCGCCACCACCACUUCCUGCGCAUCUGACUACCCGCUCCCCCUCAGUUUCCAGGAUGGAGGCUGUACAGUCCCCUUUGCCACCGUCCACCCCCCAGAGUCAAGGUGGCCUCACCUCCGUGUCGGCCUCCUCUCCAGCUGCUCCACCAGCCUCUCCCAUGAUCUCUCUCUGCUCACCACCGGUCCUAAUGUCCGGCUCUGCCUCCGUAGCCCAAAUGCGCGGAAGUCUGUCUGCCUGCGAACAGCCUACACCCAGCCAGCCCUGCCAUCCACAGCAGCAACAUGCUGAUGUUAGUGGAAUUCCGAUGACCAUGCAGCAUCGACGGCCUUCAGAAGUGAUGCAGUCACCCUCCUCUUACUGUCCGCUCUCCUCGACUGCAUCACCUUACCAGAGUUCAAGUGUCGAUUCGCAAGUUCAGAACGUGAGCCUCUUCUUUUCUAUGUCCGCAAUUAUUGUCUACUUACAUGAACUCGAGUCCCCUAUGCGCCCGACUAGUCAAGACCGGCAAGGACAAGAGACCAUUCCGAAGUUUUCUGCAGUAUUUGCCGUUUCUGGGCAAAAUAGCGUGAUUCUGCUAAAUGUGGAUUUUUCAGACGCACGAUACUGUCCAGCAGCUUUCUAGGACGGUCAGGUGGUUUCUGUGCGUUCCUUUCCCUCGGGCCAAUUUGGCCCAAUGUCUUGCCCAAAUUCUGCUGUCCGUCAAGUUUUUCUCGCCAGUAGCAGAGGUUUGGGUCACGUGGCAGCCAUAGAGAGAGAGCGAGAGAGUUUCACCUGUAGCUUGAUUCAGUUCAGUGGCAUCUACUCAUUGCUCAGAGCUUAAUUGACUGGGUUGGCGUAGCCGUCGUGCCUUAAAAAGUUCUUCCUCAUCAUAAUUGUUUGUCGGUUAUGCUCGACCUCAUGCCUGAAGCUUCGAGUUAGCACCUUUGAAACAAACGGCACCCAGGUCCUCUAUCACUAAGCUACGAAUUGAUCACUUGGGAUCGGGCCCCGUGCUUUAGAACAUCACGCCACGACCCUUGAUGUUGAUGGUAGUCUGAGAGAAGGUUGUGGAUCUCAAUUUUCAACCCUUUGCAUAAGGCUUUCUGACCGAACCGGUAGGACAUCUGCCUUUUAUGGUGCCCUUAGACCUUUGUUCAGUUCUGCAUUUAUUUCUGGACUCCAAAUCUUGAGCAGUUUUCAAUUGUAAACUUCAUUUCUACUCUUUAGGCUGUAAAUCUGAUCUAAAAAAAACUGCAAGCACGAGCCUUCUUGUUUUCUUUUCCAUUUCAGCCCUUACGAAGCCCCUACCGUCAAGUGCCCCUUUCGCAAACCCCUAAAACCGACUCUAACCUACCGCCCGGUGGUUUGGAGGAGACUGGUUUCGAACCCCCGGUCAUUGUCAGCCGUGUCAUUGGGAAGGAGCGUCGGAUUGCACCUCCAACACCAGUGCAAAUGGAUCAGGAAGUGACUGCGAUUAUAGGUGCAAGUUCCGGUACUCCGACAAACUCCACAAGGGAGAAUACAUUUCUUGGAACAUCCGCUUCUGAGACCUAUAACCUUCAGGCAGCUGAGGGUCAACGUUCGAUCUCUGACGAACAGUCGCAAAUACAUGCUAUGGGUACCCGAUAGCGAUUAAGCUCCCUUGUCUAUACAUAUGUUUAACAACAAUGUGUCUACAAUCGUCUGCUUUUUCUCACAUAACCCUUGGAAUGCAUUCCUAAAGUCACGCACUUCAUACCAGCUUGUCGGUUCUAUUAGAAUCCUACGUCGGCCACUAACCUAUUGCUGCUGGGCAAUUUUACCCUAAAAGGCGUUAUUUUACGUGGUAUUUGUCGUAUGCAUUUACUGGAAUUAUUCGGCCUUUCCAUGGGUGAAAUUCUAGUGAGAUUUUGAAGACAACGGUAAAAACCUCCCAGUCUCCUAGUUUCGCUUCUUAACUGUCCUUUAUUCUUAGUACCGCAAGUUGUUUUAAUGGUCCUAAGACUUGCGGGCCAAAUCUUUGCGUGCAAUCCGUUAUCCGGAGAGGUCAAGUUGCACACGCAUCUGUAAUAACCGUGAUCGUCUCUUUUUGGUUUGCGUUUUACGCUUCGGCCUCCUGUCACCAUGCACACUUAACCCUGAUGACGACUCUUAUUGCAGUGUCCGCCUCACCCUUUGAAUCGGAGUUGCGCUACCAGCAGUCUGACGCGAACACCUCCGAGGUUCCCUCGGCAUCUAGUCAGCAGCUCCAUCCGACAACAGAACCGGUGCCACAACAGUACUUUACGUCCGUUCCCGGACGAUCGCCUGUCUCCCAACCGCUCAGUUCCCCACAUACUCCCACUCGCCCACAGAGAGUGGGUUCCAGUCUGGAGCCCUCGACCACUCACCUUGACGACGUAAUUGCUCAUGUGGUCUCCGAUGCGGUUGCAUACGCCAACCAACCUGGCGAUUCAGGUUCCAGUAUGUCUCCACGCCACCGUCAGCUUCAACCUCCGGGUUCCUAUGUCUCCAGCCAGGUCAGUGACUCGUCCGCGCCGUUUGCCAUUUCUGAGAGCUCUGCAGUGCCCGUGGGAAGAUCGCCUGUUCUUUCCCAGGAUCUUGGCGAGCCGCGCGUAACGGGUCACUCUUCCGGUUCAGUAACCUACAUGCAGGACUUCUCUGCUGGUGCUUUUGGUUAUGGUGGCGGCGGUGGCGGUAACAAUAGGGCCAACGCCUACGUCGCGUCUCGGUUUCCCAGGCGUUCCCCUAUCCAACCCCAGCAGCAACAGCAGCAGCACUGCACCUCUCCUGUUAUUCAACAGGUGAGUAGCCAACACCGCUCGGUUAUGUACGGGAGCGCUCCGGCGAUGCGUCCAUCUCCCUCGCCGGUGGAUUCUCAGCACUCUGAGUACGUGAACUCACCCUACGACCAUCAUCAGCAACAGCUCCAACCACAGAAUAUUGAAAUGAGCUCGGGCAUUUUUGGGACGCAAAGCUCAGAAGUUCCCCCUAACUCUGCAGUUUUCCCGCCGGAAAUGCCUUCUCCCUCACCUCAUCCACGACCCUCUUACAGUUCACAGGCAGCCGUUUAUAACUACGUUCCCCAGUCCCCUUAUACUUCGCAGUCUGGCAGUGAAGGUACUCCCUCGUCACACGUCCGCAUGACUUCCAUGAACUGCUUCGAAGGUAUGUCUUUCGACCAUCACUCAAGGCUUCCUUUGUUGGUUCUCCUGAAAUCUUUCCUUUCCUGGGAAGGUUCAAGAAGACCGACUGUAAACUUUCUAUAGUAAAGUAGAUGUGCUAUCUCAUGAAAUGGUAACCGAAAUUCUGGAAUGCGUUUUCAGUUCGCAAAGCUUACUUAAGUAGGGUUGUAAUAUUAAUUAUCAUGCGGCGUAAUAUCAAGAUAUUCCAUACACGUGAGGGUGCAUGCUAUUUUAGCAGCCAUUUUUUGCGGAGUGUGCGGCAAGGCUCGGGAACGAGGCCGCACUUCGAAAUGGGGAAGCCCACGCGCCUCCAAUACGGGAACCGUGGUAGUGGGAGUGUUAUGGGUGGGGCUACGGGAAAACACCGAAUGAUGUGCGAAAACUAACAGAAAACGGGUAUGUUAAGGGUAAAUGUGCUAGUUUCAUAUAAUGGAUGCUAAAAUUCCAGCGUAAGCAGCGCGCAGUACAAAAACUCGCUAUAAGAAACCAAUAAGACCAACUCCAAUGGGAGUAGUCGUAAUUGACCUGUCAAGGUCAUCGAAAAUAAACCGCCUAAGUAGGUGACCAAACAGACAGAAACCGUAGGUGGAAGUCUAGGAAGUAGGUGCAAGAUUGGCAGUAAGCCACAUCUUCAAAAACUGUGACGGAAUACCAGUUGGAAGCCUUGUGAACUGUGAACCGAAAACUAGGCCUACCUUAAGAAGUAACCCCAACUACUACUGGUAGAACGGAAUUGAGAAAACUGCCGCUGAUCGUAACCCUAAACAAUCAAGUUAACCCUAAACUGAACACUAACCUUAAUCAUUACCCUAAAAACAAUCUUAGCCCGAACCCGAAUCCCCUAACUCCCAACGCCAACCCCCAUUCCUAAACCAGGGUCCGCUAACAGUAGCACACCUACUAAAAUUAAUACUAAUAACGAUGUACUUGAUUGUAGUAGACUCGGAACCCGGCAUCCUGAAAUGACCGAAAUAUGUUGAUUUUAUGCGACAUGCUGGUUGAUACUACAACCCUACUUAAGCAAUCUUUUGAAAUAAAAACACAUUUCAGAAUCUCAGUCACCGUUUGUUUGAGUUAGCAUAUCUACUGCAAUUGUUGCAACUGUUAAACGCCCUCUCGCCGACACUGACGUCUCGUACAACCCGACUGCUGACAGAACGCCUGCAUUACUUGGCGUGCUUCCCUCAAAUCUAUGUAGUAUUCACUACGUUGCGUUUACUUUGGAUAAAUAUUAAUCAAGACGUCUAACGUGGCGGGUUUCCACACCUUGAUAACUGAUGUUUUCUUCUGAGGAAGACACCAACCACAAUGUAGUGAUUGAAAACUAAUCCGAACUUCCGAACAACCUGGUCGAAUUCGAACACUGAGUAAAUCUGUUAGGUAAACAAAUUUCCGGACCGUUCGAUCAGUAAAGCUUUAAUUCAACUGUUUCUUAGAUUGUUUGCCAAAUCAAUUAAUCUCUCGAUUCAUGAGAGGAAAACACUAGUGCUCGAGCUGUCACUUUUAAAUGAUACCCUUUUCUGUCUUUUGUGAACCUAGUUUGCUCUGCUCAAUCUUUUAUUGACUACUAAGCCACUACUGGGUACUAUCACCAACACCAGCACCAGCAAGCUUGUCUGUCAGUGUUUUUCCGACUGUCUUUCGCCCCAGGGACAUCUGUACACUGUUGGUGUGCUUGAUUAGGCCAAUGUCAUCGUGAAACUUUCUUGUACUUCGGGUGGGCUCUGGCAUACGGAUCCAGCCGCUAUCACUUUGCGUUAGCAACAUGGGAAGCUGUCACUCGUGUCUCGUUUUUGAUUAAUCUGCAGGUCUUCGACUUUUCUCUAUCUUUUAUACGUAUGCACUCUGUGCCUCCUUCACAAGUAAUCCCCUUACAUGAACUCUGCUAUUUGUCAAAUUGUGUGACGGUUUUUCCCGGACCAAUAUAUGCAUCCCUGUUGGUUCUAGUAUACAGUUUGCGAGCCACGGUCUUUAUAACUGUAAGGCUUUCUGUGUGAUUGCCCAUUACUGUUUGUCUACAUUUUUCUUCCUUUUUUUUUCAGGAAGUCCUCAUGGAAGUGGCAUGCAGUAA